AUGGAUGAGGGAGGAAAUAAAGGUACAGCAAACUCAUAGCUGCAUUUCAGAAAAAAAGAAGACAAACUCUUGGGAGAUAUGAUCACAACAUGUGGGCUCCCAAAGGGGAGAUCAUGGAUGUUCUGCUCCUCCCUAAGCAUUUUGAUGCUGCUCUGCUCUGUGGUUUGACUUAACCAUGGUUUAGCUCCUCCAGGCAGACCAUGAGUUGCAAAUCACACAGCUUGUCAUUUGUCUGAAGUGUGGUAAACCACAAGUUCACAUUCAGAUGACAUACCCAGCUAUGGCUUUGCUCAGGAUAGCAACCCAUUGAUCAGAGAGAACAAAGUGGCUGGAGGAACCCAUUCAUGCUAAGCCAUGGUUUGGCUUAAUCUUGUCACAUGUGUACUUGGGGCCAGUAACUUGGUGGAAAAUUUGUAGAAAUGUCCUAUCUCAUUGGUGUUGUAUGAUAUGCAUUGCAUGUAAUGCCGACAGUGUUUAAUUUCUAAAAUGAGAAAGAUCAGUGCUUAAGAUGGCCCGAAAGUCAUGUACUGGUGGGGGAAUGAGAAGCAGCAACUUAUUUAUGUAGUGAAUGAAAAAUAGAGUUGAAUUGUGCCUCUGGAUUACAAAUUAUAAAUACAGUGUAGCCCAUUUUGUUUGGAAGGAGGAGGUUAGGAGUAGUGUUAUCACAACACUUUCUCUUUUUUUGCAGUGGAGGCGGGCUGUGAAGUUGAUGAUCUCAGCUGUACAAUUAAUUAAGGGCUGGAGGGAGUGAUGGAAACCAGGGAAAGAAAUCAGAGUUUCAUCUGUGGGUGGAAAAAUGACAUCCAGAUGUUGGGUCUAUCUGUAAAUGGACAGCAAAUCUACCCAUUGAGAAACAAUGGAGCGAUAGACCUGGAAAACUGGUUUCUCAUAGGCCAGCUUUGUUGUUUAGUCGUUUAGUCAUGUCCGACUCUUCGUGACCCCAUGGACCAGAGCAUGCCAAGCACUCCUGUCUUCCACUGUCUCCCGCAGUUUGGUCAAACUCAUGCUGGUAGCUUCGAUAACACUGUCCAACAAUCUCGUCCUCUGCCGUCCUCUUCUCCUUGUGCCCUCAAUCUUUCCCAACAUCAGGGUCUUUUCCAGGGAGUCUUCUCUUUUCAUGAGAAUUCAAAAGCAUCAAUUCUUCGGCGAUCAGCCUUCUUUAUGGUCCAGCUCUCACUUCCAUACAUCACUACUGGGAAAACCAUAGCUUGAACUAUACGGACCUUUGGCUGGUUCUAGUUAUUGGUGGUCCAUGCAUGAGAUGAGGUGAAGCCAUUUGCCUAAGGUGGCAGAUUAAACCUCUUCCUCCUAAUAUAGUGCAUCCCAGUGGGGCUUGUUGUAAGCAAGCCCUGCUUACAGAGGAACAACCAGGAGCUCACUUUAAGCCCCCAGCUGUACAUUUGUAGCCAUGUUUUUCCCUGCCACACACCUUAGGUCCCAUAUGAUGUCAGGUGGUCAUGGCUUGUGGCAAACUGCUGUGCAGGCCAAACUGGACCCGUAAUGGGACUAAUUUGGUCUGCAGGCUGGAGUUGCUCACUUCUCUGUUAGAGCAAUGAAAUGAGCAAAGGUUUGCCCAUCCUGAGUCUUUAUAAAGAAAGGAAGACUUGACCAUGGGAAGCUUUGCCCGUUCAACCCAGUUAAAUCACACCACGGCUGCAAAAACAAGUUUGCUUCUGCUGCCCUGGUGCAUUUGGUUUGCGAUCCUCACUGUGUUUACUUAAGCAGCAAGCCCCAUGGAAUAUGAUGGGGCUUACUCCCAUGUAAGGGAGGUUUCCAGCCUUACUUGGGCAUAAGCACAAAGGACAUUUAUAAAGGAACGAAAUGAGCAUCUGUCUCCCCGGCCAGCCUCCCCCUGACUAUAAACAUGUAUUUUAAAAAAACAGAAAGGAUGCUGCGAUGACCCCCGUUCGCCCUCGUGGGCUCGGGCAUGGCAGCCCAGGUCCUCUGCUGCCCCCGUUGCCAGCCGCUCUCUGGGCGGCCAUUCGGGGGCGAGCUGCCCCCCACUGCCAUCUUUCUUCCCCCUCGCGCGUGUCAGGAGGCGCUGCUUCGCUUAUCGCUCGCUCUUUGCUGCCGACGCGAGGGAAAGGCAGCAGGCAGCAAGUGGCCGGCCAUCGGCCAUCUCCUCUCACGAGGCUCUCCGGGGAUGCUCCUUUUCUGAGGCGAAUUACCCGGCGGGAAGCCGGUGUGGGCAUCCGCCGACUCGCCCCGAGACCCCUCCAGCUGUGGCGCUUCCCACCCGCUCCCGCGCUCCUUCGCCCAGCCGGCUUGCUCCUUUUCGCCUCGGCGUGUGCGCGCGCGCCCGCCUUUUCCCCUCAGUCCCAGCCGGGCUGCUUUUCUCCCCCCCCCCGCCUCACCGCCCCGCUUUCCCUCCCUCCAGGCGCAUGGCUGGCUGAGGGCGGCUCGGUGGGCGCGCAGGGACAGCCUCCCGCAGGAUGAAGAAGAGCUCGGCUGGUGGCAGGAGAGAGGAGAAGCUGCUCGCAGCCCAAGCCCAGCCCGGGAGCGGUAAGUUCGCGAGGGGAGCCUCGGCGCCCGCCCUCGUCCAUAUUCCUCUCAGGUUUGGGGGGGGGAGAGAGAAAGGGGACGACAAUCCCCACGCACUUCUCCCUCACGGAGACGAGACGGAACCUGCCCUCUGGGGCUUAAAAGGCGGGAAGCGGGACGGCGGGGAAUCUGCGCGGCGGUCUUCCCGCUGCCUUGAGGCGCCUCUCGCGAAGGCGGCAAAAAUAGGCGCGAAAACGGGAGGGGGUGGGCGGAGGAGGGGGGGGGGAAAGGCCCGGUUGAGAUGAAUGGCGACGCUGGGCAGAUGGAAGUUUCCAAAUUAAGAAGCGCGUCUUGGAAUUGUUGUGGGAACAAUUCGGCGUUCCUUGCAAGAAUGGUGGAGGGGGCUCGGCGCGGUGCUGUGGGUCUGGGGUCCUUGGGAAGAAGGACUGCGCCUCCUCAGAGACGCGCCAGAGCCCCCUCGCCUGCUCUGCUCCACGACGCCUGGGACUUGGGCGAAUAUUUGCCCCGAGCUUUCCCGCCCUGUGACUCUCUGCUGGUGGGACCUGCUGGUGCGCGAAGGGCUCCUGAACUGUUUUGUUUCUCCUGAUGGCUUUUCUUUCUAGUUCUUGCCAAAGGACGAAACUCUCUUUUCCCUGCUCGCUCUCUGCCUCCCGUGCAUUUAAGCUGAAGGACCUUUGAUUUGGUUGUACUGUGUGUCUCCGCUGAUGUAGCGAAUGCAUCCUUAAGCUCAGAUGGGAAAGGGCUGCAGCUGAAACCUCCCAAACUCACCCUCUGAACUGGAUCCAGCCUUUCCACUGAAUCUCAGUGCAGUGCCCUUCUAUCUGUGCUCCGAGGCAUUGGGUUGUUGCUGUUGUUUAAUUCGUAUGAGGAGUCCUGGCACUGGAAACAGGUACCCGAGACUGAGAACUCUGGUGAGCAAUGGCUAAAAUAAGUUGAGCCAGUGAUUUGUUAUAAAAGCACUUAGGAAUGCCAAUAAAUCUCAAAGGGAGCGCUCCAAACCUUACUGGCUAGCACGUUCAGGAGCUUCAAUGCUUGGAAAGCAUUUUUAAAAUAAUACAUUUUCCCCCCCUGUGGGCGGAAGAGAGAGGUGUGUUUUGUUGGCUUAUCUGGUGAGAAUUCUGCAGAACCUGGAGCAAGAGAAAAACAGUUUGUUCUGAUUUCAGAUCCUAGUGUUUGUUGAUAGGUGAGCUAUAGUUAGUACAGUCGGAGCAAAGGAUGCAUAUUAUUUUUUACUAAUAAAAGCUUUCCUGUCUGUGUCAUAUAUGCUGAUGUAAACAACCAGUUACAUAUUAAGCUACUGGCUUGACAUCCAUAGAGAGAAUGACACUUUCUGGUUCAUUUCAUUGGUCUUUCAAGAUUGCUGUUUAACUGUACCAAACACAAAGCAAUUAAUUAAACCAAAAUGAAUAAUUAAAAAUUACGGAGCUGCAGUUUGGGGAAAAAAACAUUUUGCUGUUUGUUGCUGAAAGUCUUUCCCCAGAAAGUAACUUUGGUGCUUGAGGGGGAAAGUUAGUGUGGAAAUGCUUUAAGAAAAGGUAUAAAAUAGUUAACAUUUGGUGAUGAUCCUGUGGCAGGGACUUGGCACUACUAACGCUGCUUAUUAAAUGGCGUAAUUGUCAUGGGACUUAACAAGAGCCAGAUUUUUGACUCUUGGAAAAUGAAAAUUUACAGCGGUUUCUCAUAGUCCUCCUCUGCACCUACACCUGCCUCCUACCUACUUUCAGUUACUGUGGCUUUCUCAUUACACUGUCACUUUGUGAAAGGCAUACAAAUGCGUCAAGCAUUAAGUGACUGCUCUGAGAAAAUAACUAUGCAUGAACUAUCCAAUGCAUAAAGUACAAAGUUAAAGGAAAGAUGCAUUUGGGGCUACAUGCCUACACCCACUGACUAAAUUGAGACAGAGGGUUAUUGGUCUGUGCUUGUUUUUGUUUUAUUAUAUAUUUUGUAACCUCAUUUUGUAUUUUUCUGUUGUGAGCUGCCCCAGGAUCUUUGGAUGGAGGGCAAUACAAAAUUUAAUAAUAGUAACAAUAAACAAAUAGGACUUCUUGGGGGUAGACAUUGGCAAGCACUGCUAUCUCUCUUUAACCUACACUUCACUCCCUAGACAAUUGAUACUUAGAAAAAUAAUAGGGAAACCCAUUAAAAUCUGAGUAGGUGUUUAAGAUGGAUGGGCAAUUCAUAAUCAAAGAGUUGGAAGGGAACUGCAGGAUCAUCUAGUCCAACCCCCUGCAAUUCAGGAAUAUGCAGCCAUCCCAUACAGGCAUUGAACUUGCAACCUUGGUGUUAACAGCACCAUGCUCUAACAUGGUUCCAUAGCUAUAUGGAAGCUAAGACACAGAUAUGUGGCACAACCCUGAGGUCAAAUAGGGCACCUGUGAUUUACUCAGAAGAAAGUUCCACUGAAUUCAGUAGGACUUUCUCUCAAGUAAGUGCAUGUAAGGCUGCAGCCUUCACAACCAUGUAAAGUGAGUUAUUUACAGUCCAGUCCUAUGCAUAUCUACUAAGGCAGGCAUCCCCAAACUCGGCCCUCCAGCUGUUUUGGGACUACAAUUCCCAUCAUGCCUGACCACUGGUCCUGUUAGCUAGGGAUGAUAGGAGUUGUAGCCCCAAAACAGCUGGAGGGCCGAGUUUGGGGAUGCCUGUACUAAGGAAUACAUAGUUUAUUUAAUGUUUGUACCUCAUGUUUUUCAUAAAGUCAAAGUCAAAACACCUUGCCCCCCAAAACACCCAAAGUUGCCCAAUGCUAUGCACUGGAUUUUGAAGCUUAGCAGAAUUUGAACCAGGGUUUGCUGAAUCUCAAACUUUUAAAGCCACUUUAUUGCAAAGUUUUUAAAAUGCUAGCAGGCAAACAAGCUUCUGGUGUGUUGAUUUUUAGUGUGUUCCUGGAAACUAUCAGAAAUAUUUGCUUUGUCCAUGUGGCUUUAGGCAUGGUGGGUAGCACAACUGUGGGGUGUGAAUUAUAUUUAACAGAAGAUUUGUUAACACUUGUGAUUUCUCCCAUCUGAAUCCCUUCCUUAGCCAAGUCUAGGAUUUUUAGCAUUAACCAUGCCCCUGACUAGCGCACAGCAAAUAGUGGCAAUGCAACUAAAAUUGGCUACAGUUUCAGUUGUAGACCAGUUUGUGUCCUUCUUCACUAAACAUAGCCCACCAGCCAUGUAUUGUGUUGAGUCAUGAGCUUGACAACCUCCUAUUUUAUUUUAUUUAGCUUCAGGAAGACAACAAAACCAAGAGGCAUUUCUUUCUAAAAUGAUGGAAAUUCCUUGUCUCUUCAUUGCAUGUGGAAGAUCCCAGGUUUUCCACCAGGUAGACCUGGGAAAUACUCCCUGUCUGAAACCCCGAGAGCCACUGCCAGUCAGUGUAGAUCAGUGUUUCCCAAACUUGGGUCUCCAGCUGUUUUGGACUACAACUCCCAUCAUCCCUAGCUAGCAGGACUAGUGGUCAGGGAUGAUGGGAAUUGUAGCCCAAAAACAGUUGGAGGUACAAGUUUGGGAAACACUGGUAUAGACAAUGCUGAGCUAGAUGGACCAGUCGUCUGACUUAUAUAAAGGCAGAUUCCUGUGUUCUCACAAAAACUGAAGGUUUGUGCCUGUGUGGUUAAACUCCCUAUAAGCUAUGUGGAGAGCUACUCUCACAAACAACUUACCUUGUGUAACUCUGCCUGUAAAAUUGCAUUAUAGGCAUCUGAUCACAUAAAUGACUGCACUUGUGAAACAAAUUGAAGCAAAUUUCAGUAAGGAACCUUUCAGAUACUGAACCCAAGUCACCCUCUUGGCAGAAUCCUAUACAUGUUCACUUGUAAGUAAGUUUCAUUGUGUUAAUGUAGUUUACUGCCUUGUAAAUGUAUUUAGCAUUGCAGCCAAUCUUACUCAAUAAACUAAUUAAUAAAUUACCACAGGCACAUAGAUACAUGCAAGUUCUCUCAUGCUUGCCUCAGAUUAACUUGGCAGUGAUUCAGUAACUUUUAAAAAGUUCAGAUCUUAUACGAUUUCUCCAAACCCAUAUUUGCCAUCUUUCCCAUUCCCCACAGAAACAACCCCCUCUAAAUACAUUAUUCUUUUCCUUCCUGAUAUGCAAGCUGCUAUAGUGGAAACAAGAGCAGGGGUGCUCAGGGUGAGAAGGGGCAGUUCCAUCCCAGAUGGCAGCACACCAGGGCACAAAGACCAAUCAACAUGGGAUGCAUAGUUCUCCCACAGGCUGCUGCAAUAGGUGGGGGAAACCCUCACUCUGAAAAGGGAAUGGGGGAGUGUGGAUUGACAGGGAAGGUGGAUCACAAUAGGUGCAGGGGUGGGGGAGUUGGAAAUAUUUACCUCACCUGGAUUUUAUUUUGAGUCAAAAGGUUAAUUUUGGUGCUUGUAAAGUUUGCUGCUUUUUGAGGAUAGCCCUAUAGAAUGUUCCCAAGCCCUAGCUCAGAGAAUUUUGCUAGCCUCUCUGUGAGCAAGCUACAUGCUGUACUCCACUACAUGUCAUGAAGCUGCAGUGGGGCCUUAUCCAUUGCAAAUUGGCCUGGCUGCUUUUGUUCCAGACCUGCAUUUAUCUGGCAAAUAUAGCUGUGGUGGCCUGAAGGAUGAAAGCAGCACUCUCUCUUUGUUUGUGUAUUUGUGAAAGAAUGUUUCACGGAAUAAGUAACUAGGAAAGGAAGGGAUAAGCAUCCCUUUCUUGCCUACCCUCCUAUUACUUAUCAAGGAAAAUAGAUAUAUUGGGACUUUGUUGCAUACAGCUGCAAUGUCAUGUUCAGAUUUGUCCCUUAAAAGAUGCAGGAACCAAAGGCAAAACAACAACAGAAGGUUGGGUCUUAGGUUGUGUAUUUUGACUUUAAAUGCAUCACACACAGCCAAUGGCUAGCUUGGAAUCUACCAAGAAAAAAACAGAACAGCUGAGAAACUACGAUCAAGCCAUUUAAGCAGAAGGACAUAGUAAAAGGGGUGGUUGUGACAAUGAGUUGAAAGGAAAAGAGUGCACUACACAAAUUGGAAUGUUCUUAUUCUUAUUUCUUAUUUCUGGUUGCAAGAUUUUAUUUAUUGAAUUUAUAUACCGCCCUGGACCUGGACAUCCCAGAUGUAUAAGAUAACACACUUUAUUUAACAGUCUUGAGAGGUUAUCCCUCUGGUGGGAGAAAGAGCAAAACAAUGGUUCCUUCUAGAGAGGAUGGAUUUGGGGUCCUAGGAACAAGUACUUGGUGCACUUUAGAGAUGGUGUGUGGACAGGAAAGGACUUCCGAUCUGCUAUACCUGCAAAAGUGACAUCCAAGCAGCAAUCGAUGGUUAAUUAGUAGUGAUGGUGGUGCUGGGGUUUUUCUGCUCGAUCCUACACAUGUAUGCUUAUUUGGAAGUAAUUCCACUAUGCUAAAGAGAUAUUUCUCUUGGGUAAGUGUGCAUAGGAUUACAGAUACGAUGUGCAAUCCCAAUAAUUUAUUCAGAAGUAAGACCCGCCGAGUUCAUGGGGGGGGGGGGGAGACUCACUAGAAAGUAUGCAUAUGCAGUAUUAGAAAUGUUUAAACUUAACUUUGUAUGAGUAAUGUUUAUUAGUUAAAUCAGGGGUGGAGAACCAAAUGUGUCCCACCAGGUCUGCAAGGAUGUUUUGGGCAAGCCACUGCCACCUACUUUACACCUGACAUCAUAUAUGACAUCAUAUGUGUGGGGCAGGUAAGAAUGGGUUGAACAAGCCCUUUAAAGUGUCUCCCCUCACUCCUGCAGGUGAACUUCAGCAGGUGUCAGCCAUCUGAUGUCAGAGGAUGGCUUGGGGGGAGGGGAGGGAGAAUGAUGCACAGAAUAGCUUCCCAGCCCAUAGCUGGUGGUUUCCUGCAUCCUACUAAAAUUAUAAAGAACUAUGCAGUCAUGAUGCAGCAAAUAGUAAUAUCAAAAUACGUUUCAUACUUUUUUUAAAACACCACCACCACCAAAUGUUUAUUGGUUUUCAAACCAGUGAAGUACAUACUGUAUUACUGUUGUUUUCUUACACAUUUUUCUCCUUUACCUUAUUUUAAAGACCAUUUAUUUUCUCCUGAUUAAUAACUUUUAAUUAUAGAAAUAGCUUUUGCAGACUUUAGUGUUAGGUUUAGAUUUGGGAAAUUGAGAUUCACAUCCCUGUCCAGGAGGAUGGCUAUUUUUGGAAAAGUCACUUUCUGAACCUAACUUACCUCACAUAAUUUUCUGGAGCUUAAAUGCCACUUUUACCUUGCUGGAAGGCCAUAAUAAAAAUACAAGUAAUAAUAUUUAAGAAAAAAUACGAUAGAUAGAUAGAUAGAUAGAUGAUAGAUAGAUAGAUAGAUAGGUAAUAACCUUGAAGUAUGUAUUGAAGGUAUAUGUUGAAGUUUUGAGCAUCAGGUUAGCACUUCUGUAUUAUCUACUGAACCCAAAACUCUGCACAAAUGAUUAUCAGAAUCUUAGCCAGGUUACUCUAUUUAAUCUUCAACUUCAAAGAAACACUUCACCCUCUUAAGUGUGACUUCUCCAAAUAAAUUUUAGCUUUGGUUAAGAAUGCUGAUGAUUCCCUUUAUCAGCACUGUGGUUUUAUUUGAAAUAGCCUUGUUAAAGAAAAACCCACAGGGGUGACAAAAUGGAAACUAGUAUUUAUCUGCCUUAUAAUGAAUUCAGUAGUGCUUGAUUUAGCAGUAUUUUAAAGCUAUAAACAGAAUUGGGUUUUUAGUUUAUUGAUGCAUGAAUGGAAAUAUGAAAUGACAUUUGCAGGGAUGCUAAGGGCGGCUAAUACAACUCAGAAUCCAGAGCAGAGAGAAGGAAGAUACAAGAAAUAGUAAUCAGUUAGUUGGGAAAUUGUAUGAGUCCUUUCUAAAUUUCUGCAUUUGCUUUGACACCAGAGUAAACCCAUUUCUGCAUUAUCCCCCAAUGUAAAUUUGCUUCAUUUAUUCUGAAAGCAGCAGGAAUUCAAUGAGCUUAGCGGAGUUCUUUUUUUUUUACUUUGCUACAAUUAAGUAGUUAGAUCGGUGUUGCUUUGUUCUUUCAUAUUGUCACCUGAGCCCUAAAUAUUCCCUCUACCACCAUAUUUUUCCGCAAUGCUGGUGUUCCUCCAUGGAAGUCAUUUGCACAGCUGUUCAGAUGCAUAUAGCUGUUCAGGUGCAUGUAACAGAAUGGCUGAUCCAACCAAAGCAUUUAUAUGCUGUCACAAAAACUGUUGGAAAUGGGUUGUAAGCAAUAUUUAUUUACCCAUCUUUUUCUCCUGCUAGUUGUAAGUGUGCAUUACACAGUAGGCUGAUUUAUUUCAUACAAAGCUGUUGCUUUUGGCUGAUGGGAACUUUUACCACCUCGAAUCUUGGGGCAUAUGGCAUUUUCAAGCAAAGUGAUCAGUGUUUCAUAGUUUUGACAAUUUCCCCUCUAUUUUGUAAGUGUACAGUGUUCAAAAUUCCCCAGGCGCCAGCUGUAUUCUGCGAGUACUGCUGGUCCAAUUGCAACCAUGGGGAGAUUUCUGGAUGCCAGGCUGGCAACUGACAUCUCCAUCUGGCUGGCUCCUCCAGCUUUCUUAAGGAAGUAAACUGAAGAGCUUAUUUAUUGCAUUUAUAUCCAACCUUUUUCUACAAGGAGUACAUGGUUCACCCCCCUCCUCAGUUAAUCCCUACAACAACCCUGUGAGGUAGGUUUAGAGGCAGUGGCUGGUCCAAGGUCACCCAUUGAGCUUCAUGACUGAGUGGAGAUUUGAACCCUGAUCUCCCAGGUACUAGUCUGACUCGUUAACCACUACACCACACUGGCUAUCUAGAGUACUUCUGUCAUGAGGCAGCUAUUUAAAUUAAGUAGGUACAGUGGUACUUCGGGUUAAGUAAUUAAUUCGUUCUGGAGGUCCGUUCUUAACCUGAAACUGUUCUUAACCUGAAGCACCACUUUAGCUAAUGGGGCCUCCUGCUGCCGCUGCGCCGCUGGAGCUCAAUUUCUGUUCUCAUCCUGAAGCAAAGUUCUUAACCUGAAGCACUAUUUCAGGGUUAGCGGAGUCUGUGACCUGAAGCGUAUGUAACCUGAACCAUUAUCUUACCCGAGGUUCCACUGUAAAUAAAUAAAUAUCGGGAAAGCAAAAUGUCCCUUAGAGAAGAAUCUGAAGUCUUUUCCUUUAAGCUUGAAUUUGUUUUAUUUGACGUUUUAAUGUGUUGUAAACUGCUUUGAGAUUUUUCCUUAAAAUGUAAAGCAGUAUAGAAAUGAAAUGAAUGAUAACAAUAAUAAUAGCAACAAAUUCAAUUGCAAAAAAGUCUCCUAGACAUUCCGUUGUAGUGACUGUAACCUAGGUUUAAGGUGUUAUUUGGCAAUUAGUUUAUGCAUCUGAGUUUCUAACACUGUUGUGUGCAUGCAUUAGUGGUUCAAUACUGUUGUGUUAGACUCUUCUGAAAUACAAAAAUGGGAAUUAUUGUAUAAAUCAAGUAAGUAGUCUUGGAUGGUCUCACAGUGUUCUUUUGUUUGCAGAGAAGAUUCUUGCAACAAAGGAAACUAUGGAGGCUUUGUGCAAUGAAGUAUGUGAAGUUGAAAUAUGCUUACUGGAAAAGUUGUUCAGUAUUAUGUUAAUGAUAUGACCAUGCAAGGAAUCGUGUCACAGGCAAUGCACUGGGACAAUAAAUUGUGACAUGCAAAAGUUAUUGGGUGGGAAAAGGCACAUGGGAGCAAGAAACAGGGUAAGAGGUGGAUUAGCAGCUGCACAGGCAGUGGGAAAUUUCCUUUGUACUGGAGUCAACAUGAUGAUGGCAGUUUAAUGGAGUCGAAGUAUGUUCAAAUCUGCAUGUCUUGCAUUAGAUCAUAGGAAUCAUUCCUAUUAGGGCAUUGUUGAAUAGCUCCUGUUUUGAUUUAUAGGGCUCUUAAAAUCCUGAUGGAAACUUCCCAGUGUAACGCUGUUCUGUUGUUAGCUAUCAUUGUUCUGCUGAUCUGCUGCUGCUUUUGCACAAUUUCAGCACUCUCACCCCUUUGGCUUAGGAGUUCAUUUUCCUUCAUAGAAUUAUCCCAGCCAAUCUGGGUGGGAUGACAUAGCCUUUCAGUUUUGUCUACAGGCUGAUAUGGACCAAAUGAAGCUGAUUUACAAUGGAAUUGGUCAGGAUAGUGAAGGCAAAUAAAACAUAUUCAGGGCAAUGACUCCUGAACAGACUGAACACGUUCAUGCUUCUCACAGUGGAACCCCCUCCCCCCCCCCAAAAAAAAGCCCUGCCAGAGGGAGCUUUGGAUGCUGAUAGAAUUCCACCUCCCUCUUUUAGCUGAGCCAUAAUUUCUAGUGAUUUUGGAGAGCUGCCUUUCAAAGCAAUUUCCCUAUUGUACCAUAAUUCUUGAAAGCCUCACCUUUCUUUUUCGUAGAAUAAGUAAUCAUAUGCAUACCUUUUUGUUCUGUUGCUAAAACAUGUGGAUCCUAAAAUGCUUGUAGUAUAUCCAUUGAAAUUAAUGGACCCAAGUUAGACAUGUUCGUUAAUUUCACCGGGUCUAUUCUGAGUGUGAGUAGCGUUGGUUACUACACAGUAACUGGCAGGAUGGAGGAGCUUGGGGAAAUACCAGUACAGUUUCUUCCCUCCUCUUCCCCCCAGUAGUUGAGAUUACCCUCACCUUAGCAACCAACAAAUCAGGUUGCAGAAAUGAGGGGCUGUUUUGCUUCAGUCCUACAAUAUGUAAACAUUAAUAUAUUAAUCCUCCCUCUUUACCCCAAAAGGGCAUUCAGGACCACUUAGAAUAGAUGCGAUAAAACUAAGUUUAACUGUAUUAAAAAAUGCAGAAAAAUAAUGAAAUUAACUUAAAACAGCAGCAGAGAGGCGCAAAGCUUUAGCUUCACCCAAAGAACUAAAAUAAUCUGAAUAAAACAAAUCCUUAUAUAUAUUUGCCAUUUCAUGUAUCUUGAUUGUCUGUUAUACACAAUUCUUAUAGACAGGACAGUAUCUUUCUGGUGCAGAUCCAGUGCCUGCAAGUGGAAGGAUUUCCACUGGAUGUAACAGAAGACAGUCCCUUCCCCCAACCCUGUGCCCACCAGUGCAUACAGAGUCAAUGCACUGGGAACCUUUCCCCUCCUCCAGUUAAGGAACACUGUACUGACAGGACGAGCCUUGCUGAACCCAGUGAGGUCUCCUCAAAUGAGGAAGGAUUUUGCUUACAGUGUCUUAGCAAUGACCAUGUCUGUGAUUCUGGUGGAAAAAAUAACUGAAGCUUUGGAAAGCAAAGAGUAAUAGCAUUGCCAAUAAAGUAGACAUAGCCAGGUUUGAACCUUUGUAGUGAAAUGGUUUCUCUGAAAAGGUUCUAGGAAUGAGCUUAUUCUCCAAAAUUUUAAUGGUUUGCUUUUUAUGUUUGGGAACCUCUGGCUCGGUAACAUUUUAUACUCACAUCUGGAAGUUUCCAAGCUUUGAAUUCUGCACACAGUCUCAGGCUUUUGUCUUUCCAUUCAGACUUGCUAUGUUAUAACAAUGAAUCAUCUUAUCCAUUAACUAAACUUGGAAUGUCUGCCUAGGCAUUCUGAAUUUGUUUCAUCACAUUGCGAUAAUAAUUUGUUGGAAUCUUGGCAACUCAACCACUUUCCCAGAUGUAUUUGGAUUGGAUUACACACAGUGUUGUUCUGAGCAACAGAAGGAUAAGACAUCACAACAUUUGGAUAUACCUUGAUUUUAUUUAGUUCCCUGUAUGUUGUCCAGUCUUUGGUAACAGGUGAGGCAGGGGUUUGGAGUAGGGAGCUGUAAGAGGAGAAUAACAGGCAAUGAGUUUGAAUGCUCUUAAAGGUCACAGGUCAGAAAGCAAGAACAGCCAAAGACAGGUCCUUCAGAACCCCGGACAAGUCCAAGGGAAAAGGCAGCCUGUUCUGAAAAAGGCUAGUCACUCUAUAGCCCCCCCUCCCCCCCCCCCCGGUUAAGAGGAGAGGCCUUCUCACAAGCCCUACUCCUUUGCGAGAGAAGAAAUAUCCUUAAAGCAGUGGUUUUCCACCAGUGUGUCAUGGCACCCUGGGGUGCUGUGGGUGAUGCUCAGGGGUGCUGCGGGCAACACUGGCCUCUGUCCCUCUAUCCUUCCCUCCCUCUUCUGAUGCCCUCUUGCAUCCCUGCCUCCCAAAGGCUUGCACAGCUGUUUGGUGAAGCAACCUUGCUGCAGCCACUGCUGCCUUACAAGGUAAGGUGCUGGCCUCACGUUUACCUUUGGCCAGUCUCUUUUGGGCCACUAAGGUUCGGGGAAUCCUCUGCCCAUGCCCCUGUGGGGCAGUGUGAGGAGGCACCUCUCUUGUGAGGGCAGCUCAGAGACCAGGGGCAGCAGGAGCGGCUGCCUGGAGGACUGCCAAGGAGAGGGGAGAGGAGAAGAGGCUGAGGGAACACUCCACAAGGGAGAGUGUUUGAAAAAGAGUGAGAGGCUGCCAGCUUAGCAGGCCCUAAGGGGUCACAUAACUGGGUUCCUAAGCCCCACAGCUUCAUUUGUUCAGUCCUAGUGAAACCAGUGGGACUUACUGAAUAAAUAUGGCUAGUUUUUGCCUGUAAGUUUAGCAUUCAUGGGGACGCGGGUGGCGCUGUGGUUUAAACCACAGAGCCUAGGGCUUGCUGAUCAGAAGGUCAGUGGUUCGAAUCCCCACAGUGGGGUGUGCUUCCAUUGCUUGGUCCCUGUUCCUGCCAACCUAGCAGUUUGAAAGCAUGUCAAGUGCAAGUAGAUAAAUAGGUAUAGCUCCGGCGGGAAGGUCAACGGUGUUUCCGUGCGCUGCUCUGGUUUGCCAGAAGCAGCUUAAUCAUGCUGGUCACUUGACCCUGAAAAGCUGUCUGUGGACAAACGUCGGCUCCCUCGGCCAGUAAAGCGAGAUGAGCGCCGCAACCCCAGGGUCGUUCAUGACUGGAUAUAAUGGUCAGGGGUCCCUUUACUUUUACCUUUUGGCAUUCAUGGUAGUGCAGGAAAAAGACAAAAGGCAUAUAUGGCAUGAUCAUCUACUAAAUAUCAGCAUUAAAGAUAUGUUUGUGUGAUGGCUUUGGAGUCUCCAACCUCUUUAGGCCUUGGGGCACAUAUGGAAACCUGAGGCACCACAAACACCCCCCUCUACCACACAUAUAACCACACCUGCCCCAGUGUUCAAAGCUCCUAUUGUUCUAGGCACACUUUGCAAUAGGGAAUUUCAUUAGCGCGAGCAGUUUCUGAGCUCUGGGCUCAGUACUGCACCUAAGAUUUCAGAUUAAAACUGCAGAGUGGAAGGAAAGGAGGACCUUUUUCUGCCUCCCCACUUCCAGCUAUUCUCUGAGGACUGGAAAAGAGACCCUUUUAAUAAUAUUAGGGGGGUGGGCAGGGGAAGGGCUGGACCAUGUGAAGAAUGAACACAAUAUUUUAGCUGCAGUUCAUUCAUUUUCAGCUUUGUAUUCUUGUUAUUAAAAAAGCACACUUAGAUGUUGCACCCAUAACCUAGUUUUAAGGUGCCAUUUAGCUCCUAGCUUUCAUAUCUCAGUUUCUAACACUGACCUGUCCUUCACUCACUCUGUAGCCAGUAGAAGGCUCUCAGCUGCAGAGGGAACAGCUAGCCUUUCCCUCCCCUGCUGCAACACCCCAUUAGGUUUAAACUUAGUCCUCUGUUAGUUACAACCAAAGUCCUAUUAGAAGUGUAUUGAAAUGGGUGCAGGAAAAAGGAGAAUGUUGUGGGUACUAGGGAAAGUCUUGGUAGACACAUGUGCAGUCAUGGGCACCAUGCUGGCAUAAAUUCAGUGGGAACAUCCAUUUGGGUGUCCUCAGUGCAUACAAGUAAGAGCUAAACUAAAUUAUUCUCCCAUUAAAACUAAUGUUAGUAGGUGGCUGGUUUUGGUUCUUCUUUUCAGUUGGACCAGCUGAGCCAAGGAAUUUAGGCAUAUUGUCAGUUCUGCCCUUUAGAGGUAUAUUCUCUCUAAAGCAAAAGCUAGAAGUGCAAACAAUAUUGGCACAUGCUUAAAUGCUAUGUUAUGGAUUUCAAAGAACACAUAUCUCACUAGGAUCAUGUGCAUGGCUAGUUGAACCUCCCAAAAAGAAGACCUCCCACUAACUUCAGUUGUGUUUGCAGUGAUAUAGAGCACAAAGGACCAAGGCUUUAGUUUACUAGAAACUUAGGAAAGAUUCGGAAGGGACCCAUGGGCAAGAUUCUCCAAUCUUGAGACAUGCAUUUCCUUCUACUGAGGCUAAAACUGCACAAGCAGAACAGUUUUUUUAAAUAUAAUGUGCAUGUUUAGUUUAUGGCAUUGGGUAAUCCAGUUUUAUAAACUCAUGAAUAUGUAAUUAUGCAUUUGAAAUAAAAAGAGUGCAGAUAAAUUAUGAAGGCAAAUGUGCUAUUUUGUUUUAAUCACAUGAGAAUUUUAUACAAAAUGUAAUUUGCUGAUUUUCCAUAUUCAGUUGCUAUACCAUUGCUGUUUCUGUUGAGUAAGGAAGAGCUGAAGAGGCCCCUGUCCAUGUCCUCUGUAUCUUUCUGCCUAUUGCUCGUUCUCUCCUCUUUCAUUUUACAUCUAUAUUAUAAUAAUAUAAUAAUAAUAAGGUAUCAUUGGAAAGUUUAAAUAUCUCUUUCCGUGUGUAUCCAAAUUUGAAAGCAACUCUGGUUUUGUUCUAUGAGUGCAUCUGGUAACCACCACCUUUGUGAACAUUUGGAUAACUAACUCAGAACAGACAGGCUUAUCAACAUGGUUGAAUAUCUGUGGACGCUGAAUAUGAUGGAUUUUGUGAAUUCCAUUAUGAUAACCAAUUAAGCGCUAUGUUCUUUGUGGUUUGUCAUCUUGUUGUUCAUCUCUUUUUGUGGUUUGCAUUUCAUGAACUAUUAAAUCAUCCAAUGCUUGACUCUUAAGCAUUUUGCUUUUUUGCUUUUUUUCUUGCUGUUUGCUGCUGAGAAAUGUAUGUAACCAUAACUCACAUUUGAAGAACAUUUUUUUUUUGCUCCUAUGUGUAGCAUCUUCUUCAUUUGAUAUUUGAAAUGGAAACUUGAUAAUUUUAUCUAUUUUCUCCUAAAGAUAUGCAAUCUGAUUAUAAUAAAUCCCUGAAGGCAACUGAAAUAUGAAUAAGACACAAAGGUGGUUAAAAACAUUGUGAAAAUGCUUUUCAAAAAAUUGUUUUGAAAAAUGCAUUGAAUUUGCUAUAGCUCAGUCGCCAUUUAGUAUCACAAUUGUAUAUUGCACUUUCAGACACAUUCAAAACGUUUUAUUUGAAGCUGUAUAGCUGAGGCCACUGAGUGUGCCUUAGUUAAUGAUAUCGUUGAAGUUGUCAGAACAUUGUUACACAUAACACAAUAAUAUUUGUAUUGCAUUAAAGUGUAUGUUUCCACUGGAAAAACCUUCCUAGCUUUUCAUCAGUAAAAUGCAAGUACUAAAACCAUAAUAAAAAGACUUUUCCUGGAGUGAGCACUAUAAUGAGCCAAUAGAAAUAACAGAUAGAAUCAUUAAUGCUAGCAUGAUUGUGUACAGCUUGUUGAAAAACAUACAUUUCAGUUGCAAGUCUUUAUGUGGGAAACCUAUGUUCAAUACCUUUUUAAUGUCCUUACAAUGCUUUUCUAAGGUCAUGAGUUCAUUGAAUCAUAGAAACGUAGAGUUGGAAGGAAUCCCAAGGUUCAUCUAGUCCCCUGAAAUGUAGGAACAUGCAGCUGUCCCAUUUGGGAAUCAAACCUCAGACCUUGGCAUUAUCAGACCACACUCUAACCAACUGAGCUAUUGCACAAGUGCUGUAGCAAAUAACCUCACUCUAGGAGUAAUUUUGACAAUAUGUGUUUGGGGUGUGCUGUUGAGUGGGCAGGUGCAAGUUGAUGUGCCAUAUUGUUGAUCACUGGAGCUGGAGAUGGUGGCAUAGGAUUCUUGGGCUGCUGUGUUGUUAAAAUGCCCAGAGAAUAUUGGAACCGUGGGACCAAACAAACAAGGACUUUGAGGGUCGGAGCUCAGGAAGGGGAACGGAAUUGUCCUUGAACUUACAUGAAGGGUGCAGCAGAAGAUCAGGAACAAGGAGAUAAAUAAAGUUUUGGUGACUGCAAAUAACUGCUUGGCUGAUGAGAUGGACCCAAAGCCUGUAAAUCCUUGUGCCGUAAUCAUCCAAGAGAGCCAGUCUACACAGACCUGCACUCUCUUAUUUUGCUCUACAUAUUUUUCAGAGCAUGGAAUGCUUUCUCUUCAGUUCACAGCUGCACACAUUUUCCCUGACAAUUUCUGUGGAAAAAAGAGUAAUCUGGGAUGCAAGUAAAGCUGUCAUGAGAGGAUUUUUGAUACAACAGAAUGCAAUUAAGAAGAGAAUGCAAAAUGAGAGAUAAAAUUCUGGAAAAAAUAAAGGAAGGAGAGAAGAAAUUGAGGGUGAAACCAAAGUCCCAGGAGAUUUUGAAAGAAAUAAAGUUAUAUCAAGUACAAUACAUGAAAAUGAUGAAUCAGGAAAUAGAAUGGAAGAUCAAACAGAUGAGACAAAAGACAUUUGAAUCGGCAAAUAAGUGCGGGAAACUGUUGGCCUGGCAAAUGAAAAAAAGACAAAAACUUAAUACCAUCAUGAAUUUGGAAGUAGAAGGAAAGAAUAUACAGAACCCAGUGGAAAUUAGAAAGUGCUUCCAGAGGUAUUUUAAACAACUAUAUACACAGGAGAAGCAGAAAGAAAUGGACAUUGAUAAAUUUUUGAAAAGGAAUGGACUACAAAAAAUUUCCCAAUGUUGAAUCACAAAAUAACAGAACAGGAAGUAGAAGGGGCCAUUCAGAAUAUGCAAUUGGGUAAAUCUCCAGGGCCGGAUGGACUGAUUUCAAGAUAUUAUAGAUCUUUGAAACAAUGGUUAAUACAACCUUUAAAGGAAGUCUGCAAUGAAAUAUUGGAAGGGAAAAGGGUGCCAGAGUCGUGGAAGGAAGCUUACAUCACACUUAUACCGAAAACAGAGACUGAAAAGACACAGCUCAAGAACUACCGCCCCAUAUCAUUGCUUAAUGUGGAUUAUAAAAUUUUUGCAGAUAUUUUGGCUAAAAGAUUAAAAAAGGUGUUAGCAGAAGAAAUCCAUAAAGACCAAGCGGGCUUUCUCCCAGGCAGACAUUUGUCUGACAAUACGAGGAAUAUAAUUAAUAUUUUAGAAAAACUACAAGUGAAGAUUAACACUAAAGCAGUUUUGAUAUUUGUGGAUGCAGAGAAAGCCUUUGACAAUAUUUCCUGGAGUUUUAUGAAGAAGAAUCUACAGGGGAUGGGGGUAGGCCAAGGUUUUGAAAACGGUAUAGGUGCAAUUUACUCAGAACAAAAGGCAAAAUUAAUUGUGAACAAUGUAGUGACAGAAGAGUUUAAGAUUGAGAAAGGGACACGACAAGGUUGCCCAAUCUCUCCAUUGCUUUUUAUAUCGGUCCUGGAGGUUUUGCUAAAUAUGAUUAGAAGGGACCAAUUGGUAAAAGGCAUACAAGUGGGAGCCAAACAGUACAAAUUGAAAGCAUUUGCUGACGAUUUGGUAUUAACUUUACAGGAGCCAGAAUCUAGCACCAAAAGAGUAUUAGAACUGAUCCAAGAAUUUGGUCAGGUAGCAGGUUUUAAGUUGAAUAAGACGAAAACUAAGGUUUUAGAGAAAAAUUUAACUGCGAUUGAGAGAGAUAAGUUUCAGAAGGAAACAGGAUUGACACUGGUUAAGAAAGUGAAAUAUUUAGGGGUUAACAUGACUGCUAAGAAUGUGAAUUUAUUUAAGGAUAAUUAUGAAAAAUGUUGGAUGGAAGUGAAAAAGGAUUUAGAAAUAUGGUCAAAUUUGAAGUUAUCGUUGUUAGGCCGAAUUGCUGUGAUAAAAAUGAAUGUACUGCCAAGAAUGCUGUUUUUGUUUCAAACAUUGCAAAUUUUGGAUAAAAUAGACUGUUUCAAGAAGUGGCAGAGAGAUAUCUCUAGAUUUGUCUGGCAGGGCAAGAAACCUCGAAUAAAAUUUAAGAUAUUAACAGAUGUUAAAGAAAGAGGUGGAUUUGCCCUGCCAGACCUUAAACUUUAUUAUGAAUCAGCCGCAUUUUGUUGGCUGAGAGAAUGGAUGCUUCUUGAAAACACGGAUGUGUUGGAUUUGGAAGGUUUCAACAACGUAUUUGGUUGGCAUGCAUACCUGUGGUAUGAUAAGGUUAAAGCACACAAAGCGUUUAAAAACCAUAUUGUCAGAAAAGCACUGUAUAAUGUUUGGAUAAGAUAUAAGAACUUGUUAGAAAAUAAAACCCCAAGAUGGUUGUCACCAAUGGAAGCAAAGGCUCAGACAAUUUCUGUCCAAAUACUGUUACAGUAAAUGUACAUAUGUAGCAUUACGUUCAAAUUCCAUGAGCAACACAGGCUCUACCCCCUUCUCCACUCUUUCAGAAAUGUAUGCUAAGCAAAGCUUCAUUGAGAAAUAAAGCAAUGAGGCUCAGCUAGAAUUUCUGCUUAGUAUAAUGAUCACUCCACUCCAUUUAGUAUAAAUAGCACAUUACUUGAAAACAUGGGGUAUUUUUGCAGUAUUAUGGACGAGUUAAUAUAUUUCACUCCAUAUUCCAGAUACUUUAAUUUAAUGACUAUGGAGGACCUAUUUGGUUUCUAACAUUUGAUGUUCCUUUUAUGUCUGUUUCACAUGUCCAGAUUAAGUGCAUUUUUUCCUGCUUCCCAGUGGCCUUUUUAAUCUUUUUUCUUCUUCAGAUCAUAGAGUUAUGAUCACAUGUGACAGUGGCAGGGUGGAUGUAAAUAUAUUGUUAUAAGUGUCUAUAACAAGAUGGGGUUGCAAUUUCUUUCUCCUUUGAGCAUAAUUCUCCGUGGUUGAUGUGCAUGACUUUGAAGGUUAUAGCUGUCCAGUGUCAGUAAUUCACUAGGCCAUUCCUAAGUGCAUCUGUUUACAAGGUUAUCUGUCUGAUGAUUAUUGAGGCAAGCAAGCGCAGUAUCCUGUUCCCGAAUUACUAAAGGAGCUUAUCUGUGUCCUGGAAAAAACCACCCAGCUUCAUGGCCCUUGUGCACAGCAGUGCUUGGGGCUUAAGUGAGGAAAUAAUUCAACUCCCUUUUAAUGAAACACUGUAGUCAACAAAUUGGAUAAAACUGCUUGUGAUAUUCCCUAGGUCUGUCUGAGGAUGGUCACUAGCUCAGUUGCUAAGCCCAGACUUCCCUCAAAAUACCUGCUGCCACCUGCUGACUUUAUAUUCUUCAGUACAUCCUUACCAGACAUGUCGGGUGAAAUAUAUUAACCUUAGAAUCCCAGACCGGAAUACAGACAGCUAAUUAAAUUAAUGUUUAUGUUUUAAGGAACAUAGCAUCCAGAACAAGUAGUCAUUUUUAUACAGAGUACUCACAGUUCUAAUGCCCUAUUCUAACUCUUAAAAUUUAUGUGUUUUCAUGUGCACUUUCAUUAUCUUCCACUUCAUGCCCUCUUUCUCACGGACUCUUCGGCUGCCCUAUUUUUCAACUCUCAUUUCUGACCAACAGUUCCUAUCUGUCACUCACUCUAGCUUCACCCAGCACGCCAUUCCACUCUCUUCCCCUCGGUCUUAAGUCCUGUUGCCCACAUGUGCUUCAAAGGGUUUGAGGACUAUUCAGUAUGGCACUGGAGUUGGCAUGAAUUGGCAACUAGAGGGGGAAUUGUUGGCAAUCAUUUCCCUGGCUGUUCCACUGCACAAAGCCUCUGUUAAUUCAAGAAGCCUUCUGUCAGUGGAAGAAAACCACUGGAUACAUUCUGAAUAAGACUUCUUCACUGUGGAAAAAGAAGCAGUAGGAACCUCGCAGGCUCUGGGAUCUGUAUUUGUAAUGAUUGUGGUUUGAACAUAACCUGCACUUCACAUCCCUUGCAAUAUCUGAAGUGCUUAACAAGCAGAAUUAAGUUAAUUGAGGGAAGAAGACUUUAGAACAUGCAAGCCUUGCCCCACCGAGGAGAACAAGAAGGAACACAAAUUUGGCAAAAAUAAAUGCAAAUGGACAUUAAUGCAUGUUGUAUAUUUGUGGAGCAUAUUAGUAAAAACAAAACAAAAACAAAAACAGACCAACCCAAAGAAAAAACAGUUAUUUUAUUAACUUCCUAAGUGGGGCAGUGAAUAAUUUUCUGCAGUUCAAAUAAUUCAUUCUGAUUUUCUUCAGAAGCAUGAUCAGGAGUAUCAAAUUACACAGGGUGUAGAAAAAGUAGAUAGGGAGAACUUUUCCUGCCUUUCCAAUGAUAGUAUAAUAUUGGGUCAUUCAAUGAAGCUGGAUGCUGGGAGGUUCAGGAAUGACAAAAAGAGGUGUAGCACAGAAACUGAAUCAUAACAUUCAGUAACAUAACUGAAUCAUAACAUUCCUUGCCACAAUAUGUGGUGAUGGCCAUAAAUUUCAGUAACUUUAAAAUGGAAUUGGACAAAUGCAUGGAGGCAGGAAAGUAGCCUCAGGGAGGGGAGUGGCUGUCGGGGCAAUGGCCCCAGACACAUUUUUUUGGGGGUGCUGCUGCUCAUGCUACCCUGCCAGCCUUGCCCUGCUUUGCGAGGCUGGUAUGAUCCCAGCCUCACAAAGCAGCUUGGGGCUGUCAAGGUAGCACAAGAAGGGUGCAACAGCCAUGAUCCUAGCGGUGGCACAGGGGUCUUUAAAAAAGCUUAACAACUUUGAUUUCCUAAAAUAAAUGCAACAACCUCAGUCCAUCCCAGGCACCAGUGGGGGUUGCUACGCCGCUGUUCCAGCCUUGCAAAAUGGCUUAAGGCUGGCAUUGCUCCAGUGGCAUUGGUGAGGGCUGGGCUGCCACAGCAGGCUCCAUUCACCUUCCGCACCCCAGCGCCAGCAAAUCAUGCUACGCUGCUGUAUGUAGAAUAAGUCUACCAAUGACUGAUCAUCAUGAUGGUUGUAUACUACUUCCAGUAUCAGAAGUAGCAUGCCUCUGAAUACUGUCACUGGGGAUCAUGAGCACUAUUGUCCUCAUGUCCUGCUGCUGGGCAUCUUAUGGGCAACUGGUUGACCACUGUGGGAAAGAGCAUGCUGUGAUAGACAGGCCUUUGGUUUCAGGACUCAUGUUAUUACAUGAAAUUCAGGUUUCACACAGCCACCAGUCUUUUAGCACACUGCAGUGUUCAACAUAUUUGCAACCUAGAUACUUUUCACAGAUGAAAUGUUUUCUGAUUCUGUGGCUUCUUUCUUAUUCCAUUGAGAGAGGAUGCGCUCCAGCUCUUAUCGAUCCCCUCUAUAGUUUGCCAUCCAAUAUAUGGGUUUCUACAUAAAAGGUGGUUGGUGAAAUACAAAUCAAAUUAGAAUACUGUAGAAAUACAGCCAAUUACAUGGUAAAUCUAGAGAAUGUCUUGUGAAAUAUUUGAACACCAGCUUUCCCCUGAGGAAUACAUAUCUUCAUAUUUUAUGUAAAGGUACUGUUUCAUUCAAGGGUAAUGCAGGGCAUUCCAGUCAAGUUUCUUCCACUAGGUAUGUUUAUACCCAAGUACUGAUGUCAUUGCUCUCUGGCACUGGAGAAACACUUGAGGCACCCAUGUUUGCUGUGUAGAUUUCCAUGGAGAGUUCUUUAAUUUCUUACGACUAUGGGAUCACCUUUAGGAAAUGAAGUAAAACUGGCAUGAACAGCAGUGUGACAUAUUUACAUUCUUUUCCUAAAGUUACCUUUAGCUGCAAUGAGAUGUUUAUAUUAUAUAUUAUACUAUAUACCGUAUUUUUCCAUGUAUAAGACCAUAUUCCCCCCCCUAUUUUUUCAAGUUUAAAAUUGGGGGUUUUCUUACACACAAAUAGUGCAUAUGGGGGAUUUCUUUAUUGGGAAUCCCCCCAAAUAGGGGUCGUGUUAUACAUGGGGGCGUGUUAUACAUGGAAAAAUAUGGUAUAUAAUUAUAUUAUAUUAUAUUAUAUUAUAUUAUAUUAUAUUAUAUUAUAUUAUUAUAUAUUUUGUCUCAAUACACCUACGACUCUGAAUGUUACUAGGAGCCAGUAGCGCCGAAUUUCUAAAUCACAACGUAGCCAAUAUCUUCCCUAACCCUGCUGGGUAUUUGGCCUAUGCGUCUGUGAAAUGUGCAAGACAUGUGUACCACAAUCCAUGUGAAACAUUCCACAGCCAUAUGUUUAUUGUUGAGAGCAUGUUCAAGUGCUUUCCUGGAACAAGGCCUGGUAUAAAAUUUGUUGGUGCCUUUUCCAGCUCUGGCUUAUUUUCACCUGUGUCAGUGGAAACUAUGCCAUAGAUUUCAAUGGGAUCUGAAAAGGGUGGAUUUUUUUUUUUUUAAAAGAAAAAUGCUUUCAGAUAGAUAUUGAAUUUGUACCAGCUCAUUACACUCCCCCCAGGCUACUGACAUUUCCCAGGUACACCUAUAUGCUAUAUGACUGCUCUUGUGGUGAGCCUGGCAAACUAGAUGCUUGGAAUGAAAUGUUACAUGUUUUGAGCAAGUAGCUCCUUUUGCUUACACAGAUUAUAUAUAUGUUUACUGAAGAAGAUGUACAAUACAUAUGUAUAUGUUAUAUGAGACAUGCUAUAUGAAAUAUAUCAUAUUAAAUAUGUCAUAUGAUAUAAGAGAUUGCUAAUAAAACAAAACAAAAAAAGAGCAAGCAACUAAAUCGUACAAGUAAACUGCAGUGACAAAGCUGUUUGAAAGGACAACUUUGAAAAGGUAUCAAAAUAUGUAAUGUCACAAAUACAUAUUAUGAUUUGUCCGUUCCCCCUCCAGCAAGCUUUGAAACUUAAGGUGUUCCAUUGUCUUCCUUUUUCACUUUUUGAAUUUUGUAUUGCUUAACAUCUGUGUUAUAUGCACAAGGAUUAUAAAGCACACAGAUGGCACUCUCCAUAGGUCAAUACUUGGACUGUACAAAAUCCUCCUAGUGCAUGUAGUGUUAGGCUGUCCAUGAACCAGAAUAGUCUGGUAAAAGAAAAUCGCGCUCUUGCUGAGAAGCAAGCAAAAUGGUCUUUGAAGUGUGCAUAAAAAAUGAAAUAUGGGGUAGAGUGGAAGAGAGAACAAGUUAUUAACCAGCACAUUUAAAGUUUAAAGCAAAGAGAGAACAAUAUAUCUAUGCCUGUUUCAUUGGCCUGCAGUUUCUGCGGUUUGAGGAAGGAAACUGAGAGAUAAUGUUUAAGGUGUACUGUGGAUAUGCUGUGCACAUAUUAAAGUCAAUGUCCCCAAAAUGGUGAAUGCUAACAAUCCCAUAUGAAUGGAGAAAUUGUCAAAAUAAGAAAGAUAUCUCCCUACUUCUUGAACACUACACACACUAGUGAAUUCUGGCAACUGCAUUUAAGCAUGUGUCAACAUUCUGCAGUGUAUCUCUGAGACCUCAUAUAGAGAAUAUCCCGGGAUUGUCAACAUCCAAUGUAACAAAUAUAUAACAUUUUGUAAGGUGCUGGGAUUUUUGAAUAAGAAACUGUAGUAGCUGGCCUCCCUCCCCAAGUUCCCUGUACCACCAGGGCAAUGUCCAAUAAGCCAAGCUAUUGACUUGAUUUCCAUUGCUCUGCAGCACCAACAUUGCAGAGAGUCAGAGCGUAAAUGUCAGCUUCCAUCAACACCCAGCAAGAUCAGGUGUGAAGCAGCAGCAAAUAAGGUUCUGUUGUUGUUGUUCAGUCGUUUAGUCGUGUCCGACUCUUCAUGACCCCAUGGACCAGAGCACGCAGGCACUUCUGUCUUCCACUGCCUCCCGCAGUUUGGUCAAACUCAUGCUGGUAGCUUCGAGAACACUAUCCAACCAUCUCAUCCUCUGUCGUCCCCUUCUCCUUGUGCCCUCCAUCUUUCCCAACAUCAGGGUCUUUUCCAGGGAGUCUUCUCUUCUCAUGAGGUGGCCAAAGUAUUGGAGCCUCAGCUUCAGGAUCUGUCCUUCCAGUGAGCACUCAGGGCUGAUUUCCUUCAGAAUGGAUAGGUGUGAUCUUCUUGCAGUCCAUGGGACUCUCAAGAGUCUCCUCCAGCACCAUAAUUCAAAAGCAUCAAUUCUACGGCGAUCAGCCUUCUUUAUGGUCCAGCUUUCACUUCCAUAUAUCACUAAAUAAGGUUCUGACACUCCUCAUAUUAACCCUUGUUCCUGGUCUGGAUCUGCUGUCCAAACAAUUCCUUGCACAGUGCAGCUUGAGCUGCUAUUGACUGCAGGACACCCUAAUUGAACCUGUACAACCGCUGGCAUACAUCUGAACCACUAGCCCUUGCACAUAUUCAAUGGCACUAUUUUAAUAAUGUUAAAAAUGAUAAAAUUAUUCUAGUAAUACUGAGUGGUUAAGCAACACUGUUGGAACUGUGUCUUGAUUCAGUUAUUUAUUUUUAACUGCCCUGUGGCCUAUAGCUACAGCUGAUGAAUUGACAGUAGGUAAAACUACCACUACCAGCUUCAUUUGAUUGUCCUGUGAACAGUACAGAAGAUGGGAAAGGAACUGAACAUUUUUGGACGAGAUCAAAUAUAGCCCUCCUAACUUGCUUGAUGACCAUUUCUUUAUCCCUUACACUGAAGCUGAAUUCUUACCAAGUGGUUAAAUCAUAAAGUUUCAGUAGUUUGACAAGUAUCCAAAGCCCGUAAUUGUCAAAAUCAUGCAUGGGCUGAAAGAAUAAUUGCAGGACAGAAUCCUUUCCAUGUGAGCCACACAAAUCUCUAACAGCUUAUCAUUGGGCAGGUGAAAAGAAUAACAGAUGGGCAGGCUCCAUUUUUAUUAGCUUUCAAAUUAUUAUAGAGUCAUGAUGACAGAAGAACAAUAACAAAAAUCUCCUAAUACAUCAAACUAAAGGCAGGGCAUACAAAGCCUAAAGAUGUUAAAUAAUAAUGCCCAAACUAAGAUCACGACAACCAUAUGUCUCUAGAUGUUAUAGGGAGAGAUUCCUGUAAAUCUGAAAUGAAAGUAUAUGAAAUAAAAUCCCAACAUACUCAGUAGAAAUGACUUCCUGCCCCUUAGAGGCCUGUAACUUAGGUGCUGUUUCCUCCCGCAAUAACUAAAUUGCGGAGGUUUUUAUGCCGUAUAGUCAGAUUAUUUUUUAACGAUGGUAGGGCAUGACUAAAGUAACUUCUUGCCCAUAUUUCAUGUGGAAAUAUAAAAAUGCUGAUGGCAGUCAAGUCUUACAGGAACACAAUUACAUGAACGUUGGAGUGAUGCACUUCCUUGUGUUGACUAUUUUUUUGCCUAUGAAAAGCUUUUUAUUUUAUCAGCUUUGCUAUCUAUUUAGCAGAGGAGUUUUAAAACAGUGUCGCAGUGAGUCCUCAGAAGAGAAAUCAAAAUCUUAACAUCCCCUGAACGUAAAAUGCUCAUGUAUUCCCAUCUUAAACGAAGCCAGAAUAACUGUUGCCUACUGGCAAUGUUUCUUAGUAAGUUGAUGUGAAAAAUCAAGGCCAUUUCUCCAAAUAAAAAAUGUCUUGGAAAUGAGGCAAAAUUAAAUACGUUAGGGCUGUUUGGUGAGUAUAUGCCCUGAAAUUAUAAAUGCUGAUAAUGAUACAGUAGUCACUUGAGUCUAGGUGUGAGUAGCUGGAUGUUGAAAAGGUUAAAGGAAUAGGGAGCAGGCUUAUUGGUUACAUUCUGCAGAGUCCUAUGAAAACUCCUCUCAACCUCUGUCCCAGACAUGCCAGAGAAGCUCUAGUUACUCUCGGCAUUAGUUUGGCGUCCAUCAAAGGAGAUAAUGCAUUCUGCUUCAAAUUCAAUUGGGAAGAACAGUGAGGAGUUUACCGAGAAUAUUUUAGGAGUGCCAUUCUGGGCUGCUUCAUGUCUGAACCCUGUUCCUGAUGGUAGCCAUGGUAGGCAUCUGCCACACAUCCCACAGAUGAAAAAUAUUUAACUUCUAAGCUACCUUCCUGGGUGUUUUGAUGCUCAUUUCAUUUCUUUGCUAAUGGCAUAUUUUUAGCAUGUUAUUUCAUGUAACUUAGCUGUGAUUUUUAAAUAUUUGUUUGUAAGCCAAGAUAAUUAUUUUUUUAAGAACAGGGAAUGCUAAUAUAUGUCCUUAAAAAUAAAGGAAAUCCAGCAGCUAGCUGCUAGAAUCAAUACUGCUCUAUCACUCAAAGUGAAAAGCCUGUAAGAUGAAUUUGGAGUAGGCAUUGAAGUAGGCUCCUGAAAAAGGCUUUUCAUCUGUUGCUGCUGCUUGUUGAACUUUGGGAAGGUCUGGUUUAUAUUCUUCUGCUUUUCUGGUAGUUAUUUGCUAUUGUGGAAAAGCUUGUCUGGGUAAGGCGAGGGAAGCAUAAGACAUGUUAUCACCAUCCUACUCGUAUGCAUGCAUCCUCCCCCCCGUUUUGUUUUGUUUUGCUCCAAAGAACCGUGGUCCAGAAGAGAACAUGCAUUGUUCCAUGGGCUACUGUUAAACUUUAAGUCAAGGACAGUUGGUGUAAUCUUAUGCAUAUGUGCUUGGAAGUAACUUCCCCUUUGUCAGCGACCUGUGCAUAAAAUUGCUGCCUAAGAUAUAUGACAUUGUAUUAUUUCACCUAGACAUCUAUCAUCACCAAGAUCUGAGUGAACAAACUGAGUGGAAUUGACCUGACUCUGCUAUGCCCACCUGGGUAUUCGGUGCAGUACUAGUCUAUUAUUAUUUAUUAAAUUUAUAUACCAUCCUUCAUCCAAGGAGCACAAGGCAGUUUACGUUACAAAAACACAAAAACACAUAACAUAAUAACAAAAAAAUACUUCACACAGUUUAAAAGACCAUAGAUGGUUUCAUCAGCCAAAGGCCUAGGUCAGAGGUGCCCCAACGCUUUUUCAAAGAGGGCCAGAAUUGAUGAAGUGAACAUGCGUGAGGGCCGACCUAAGUUGAGCUUUUUUUAGGAUUGAAGUUGAGCUUUUUUUUUUACAAUUUUAGUACAAAUUUGUUCAGCUUUUUUUGGGAUUGAAGUUGCUUAGGAUUUUACCCCAUGACAUAUACUGCCAUGGGGGCCAGAUUAAGUCAAACGGCAGGCUGGAUUAGGCCCCUCAAAUGGACUUUGGACAUGCCUGGCCUAGGAGAAGAGUAGGGCUGGGCAAUAUCUGGUUUUCAACAUUGUGAUAUAUCACCAGCUAAACAUUGUGAUAUACCAAUAUAUCAUGAUGUCUUAAAUAAGGAUGGAUCUAUGUAGAGGCAUUGGCUGGCUUUCCCUACAUUGUGAUUUUUACACCACACACACACACACACACACUUAUUCAUGAUAUAUGGCCAGGUCAAAAAUUAUGAAACUGAUAUCAUGAUAUGGACUUCAAACUAGCUUUGGACAAUAUUUUGAUAUAUCACCCUGCCCUAGUGAAGAUGGAUGUUUUAACCUGGCACCUAAAGAUAUGAAGGUACCAAACAAGCCUCUCUGGGAAAAGCAUUCCACAAAUGGGGAGCCAUCACAGAAAAUGCCUAAUCUCAUGUUGCCACUCUCCAGCUCUCUCAUGGAGGGGGCACAUGAAAAAAGGCCUCAGAUUAUAAUUGCAGGGUCUGGGUCCUAGUCUAGGCUGGAGGACUGGGUUCAGGGGAGAAUUGUUAUGUUUUAUAUAAUGACCAUUUUGAACACCAGAAAACCUCUGCAUUGGGCCAUAUAAGUACAAUAUCUUUUUCAGGUUUGUCUGUUGCUAAUUUCUAAUUCAUUGAGAGAAGCUUUUUCUGUUGGAUUCCCAUGUGAGCAGUUGCUGCCAGGUUGAAAUCCUCCCACAUGUCUAGUGAUUAAAUAUAAUUCCCCUUUCUGCAACCCCAACCUUCAAAACUUUCUUCCUAUAAAAACAUGGUUUGGGUUUUUUCUUCUUCUUAAUAUCAAAUAACACCGUAACCAUAACCCAUUAAGAAUCAAUUAGCACCAUCAGAGUGUGAAACAGAUUUUUAUAAGAACCAACCUGUCUGGACAGUUUUUAUUUGUAUUGUCAGCUUUUCCACAACAUUUACUCAAGGAAAGAAUGAUCACAACUUCGAGCUAAACUUGGAUUUAUGUCAACUGUAACAACCACUCCGUCAAUAAAAACUGAAAUAGAAAUAUAUUGAUUUGAUUUACAUGCCAGCGCCCUCUCUGAGUGUUGUGAAUCAAAUUCCCAGGAGUUUAAGGAUUUAAAUACAGUGGUGCCCCGCAAGACGAAUGCCUCGCAAGACGGAAAACCCGCUAGACGAAAGGGUUUUCCGUUUUUGAGUUGCUUCGCGGGACGAAUUUCCCUAUGGGCUUGCUUCGCAAGACGAAAAUGUCUUGCGAGUCUAGAGAUUUUUUUCCCGCUUUCCCCCCCCCUUUAUCUAAUCUGCUAAGCCUUUAAUAGCCUUUUAGCAGCUAAUCCGCUAAGCCUUUAAGCCUUUAAUAGCCGCUAAACCGCUAAUAGCGCUAAUCCGUUAAGCCGCUAAUAGGGUUGCUUCGCAAGACGAAAAAACCGCUAGACGAAGACUCUCGCGGAACGGAUUAAUUUCGUCUUGCGAGGCACCACUGUAAUAAAAACUGGGUUUAUUUACUCAAGUUUCGGAAUUUAAAAACAAGUGGGCUUCUAAUGUUCUAUGGAUUUUAUGAUUAUUGAUGAUAUGGAAACUGGGAAGUUAGAUGGAGUGAUUCAGGCUUAUGGGACUACUUUAGGCUUAAAGAAUAUACCUCGGGAGGAAACAAUUCUGCUGAUGAUGGAGCAUAUAUUGUGCCUGCUGAGUAGCCCUGAAGGCAGUAAAGGUAUGCUUUGCUACCUUUGUUGAGUCUUCAGGUAGCCAUGCAGCCAAGAGGUACAAUGCCUAUUAACAUCUGCCCCAGUAAAUAGUAUGCUGGAAGCCUCAGAAACCUACAGUGACAAUUCUGCUAGGCAAUUUGAGGACAGAAUUGCUUCUCUCCGUAGCUACAUCAAAGCCACUGUUGGGACAGAUCCAGGUGAGGUGACCAGUGCAACACACUGUGCAGUGCUGAGUGCAUUUGUUUAUUUAUUUAUCCCAGGUUGUGUGCUUUACAUACAUUUUUCAGAUUUUAUGUUCACCACAGCCUUGUGACUGUAAUGAACAACGCAGGCUAUGCAGUUUUUUCCUAUAAAUAGUAGUGACAUUCAACAGCGAGAGUGGUUUAGAACUGCAGGCUGGAUUCCAAUUAAAGUUAGUUGCUCUUAUGUCCAUUGAAAUCAUUGUCAGUACUUAGGCAUGGCUAACGUAUGUCCUGUUUCCUUCCAUGGGAGAGAAGUACAGACAACAACCGUUUUGCACGGGGGUUACUUUCCUGAACCCCUAGUCCGUCAGCGGAGUGCGCAUAAGCCCCUUACGCCCCUUCUCUUGGAAGUUGGGACAACUUUCAUAAUCCUAAAUGGCCAGGACAUAAUAAUGCAUCCAGUGCAGUGUUGUUGGUGAUUGUAUAGCUGAGGGUACAGUGAAUGGAUCAUGCAUGAAGUCUCAUUAAUGUACUUAGUCCUGUGCAUGAAUCCCUAACCUUUUUUUUGUAUCCCUCCCUAAACUCAUUACCGUAUUUUUCACUCUAUAAGAUGCACUUUUUUCCUCCUAAAAAGUAAGGGGAAAUGUGUGUGUGUCUUAUGGAGCGAAUGCAGGCUGCGCAGCUAUCCCAGAAGCCAGAACAGCUAGAGGUAGCGCUGCGCAGCUCUAGCUUUGCAGGGCUAUCCCAGAAGCCAGAACAGCUGUGUAGCGCUCCUUCUAGCUGUUCUAGCUUCUGGCUUAGCCGCGCGAAGCCUCCACUGGGCAUGGGGAGUGUUCAUCCCACUACCCUGCGGAGGCUUCGCGCGGCUAUCCGUGACUUUUGCUGGAGGUGGGGGAAGUGACAGAGCGCGCGCUAGGUACGUCUUAUGGUCAGGUGCGUCUUAUGGAGUGAAAAAUACGGUACUUUGUUUUGUUAUUUGCUUUGUCCUGUGCUGUCCCUUCUAUUAGCUAAUUUAAUUCUUUACUGAGUGCCCUCUCAGUGUAGCAGCCCAGUUGUGGCACACUCUAUCCAGAGAUGCCAGGCAAAUAUAUAUUUAUUUUCUCAGACUUCUUUAUUUAAAAUGUUCAUCCACUUGAUUGAUUAUGCUGCCUUUGCGAUCUGUGGCCUUUUAGUUUAUUAUAAUAGUUGUUGUUGUUGUUGUAAUAUUUGUAUGCCACCCAUAUGACUGGGUUGCCCCAGACACUCUGGGCAGCUCACAACAGAAUAUUAAAAACAUGAUGAAACAUCAAACAUUAGAAACUUCCCUAAAAUAAACAAACUGUUUUAUAUGCCCUGAAUUGAACCCCUGUAUUCUCUGAAUUAGCCUGGUCAUAAUCCUGCCCAAUCUAUUUUAUAUUCUCCCUUGAUCAAGCUAAGCUGUGCCACCCACAUUCUGGCUUGCCCUUUGACACACAUUAAAGAUUCUCCAUCAUGCUGCAAAUUAGAGGCUCUUCACAUUAAGAACAUUUUCUCCCAGAUUCAACUGAUUCAACAUGUCUGGCUUUUAGUUUAUGUACUAAGUACCUAUCAAAGAACCUGCUCUGACAAGUAAAAGCUCUAUUCCCUUGAUGCUAGCUCAGAUUUGUGGCUGGGGCUGAAAUAACACUGAUGUUUGCUCAUCAUUAUUUGCUUUGGCUCCUUCCUGGCUAAGAGCUAUAUUUAAAAAAAAGAGGGGGAAAAAACCCUUCCAAAUUAUUCUUAUACUGUAACCAUAUUUGACUAUUAAUGCAUACAGGGAACAAUCCUAUUGACUAAAAAUUAACUUUUCAUGACGCAUUCACUCUACAUAUAUUUUAAGCAGUAAGCGCUUGCAGCCAGACAGCUAAAAGAAGUACUGCUCACACUGCGAAAGCAACAGAGAAUGGCAGCAAGUUUACAUUUCAGCUGCAUUGCAGCGAGAAUCUGAAAAACAGCAAAAGCCAUGUCCUGGGAUAGUCAUAAAAGCCAUGUACGUCCAAAUAACUAGUGGGAGCCAGUGCAGGUUUAUAUGAGAGUAAAAGAAAUAGUUUUGUUUAUAGCUGGCCCAAGAGGCAAGUUAGGUGUGCAGGAGCAUGCAACUCCUGAAAGAUAAAUGCUAAACUGGUUACAGAUGAAAUUAUGGAGGAUUUUCCUUUAUGCUCAGCAAGCAAGUUCUCCCCCCAGUCCGACCCAAACAAAAACUGAAUUACUUUAGUUGUAAAGUGAGUACUGAUAUAUUCCCCUUUAGCCAGAUAUCAUCUGGGGUGAAUCAUGAAUGAAUCUGAGCAUGGCUUAAAGCAAACCUUUAUUGUGAAAAUGAAGUGUGGGUGUAUUGUGUUCGCUUGAGAGUUAGAAGUUCUACCCCCUGAAAAUAUGACCUAGCACUAUUAAAUUAAUGCUGACAAACGCAAGGGUAUAUAGCCUUUCCCCAAAGUCUUGAUUUUAUUUCCUUUACUCAUAACUACUUACCCAGCACUCUGAGGACCUCAUGGCCUGUAGGCCACAACUGACUGGGAUAAAAUGAGGGUAAAUACUGACCAAACGUUAUUAGUAUUGAUUUUUGGAACUUGCAUCCCUAGUAAAUGUUAUGAAGUGUAAAAAUAGAAAAUGAAUGUCAGCUACAACAAAGUGAAGCAUAAUUGCGACAAAUAACGUUAGUUCCAGUCACUUAGGUUUAAUUUUGCACUUAUUCUAAGGAAGCUGCUUUCAUGUUGCAUCCUGCAGCUAAAUUAAUACUUUUCGUAAAUAAUUAUUUUUGAUCAAUGAACUGUGCAUAAAAUAAAUGUGCUGAAGUCUGUCAAGUGAGGAAUAAGAACUGUAAAUGUGCCAUAGUUUAAACCAAAGCUUAGUUUGUUGCUGAUGUUAAGCAAUAAAAUAAAAUAAGUUAUCCAAACCUAACAACUGCACAAUACUGAUUAUUUUGUGGGUCGUUAUUGGCUGCAACUGAACAGAGUAAAGUGCUCUUAACCCUAUUGAUUUCAAUAGUCGUAUGCAUGAUUUAACCUGAGUUGGAUUGUGGUCAUCAUAUUUGUGUAACUAGAUACCAAAGCUAGUACGAGCAAUGUAAAAAUUACUGUAAGUAAUUCAUGGUUAUUCAUAUGCCUAUUGAUCAUGUGAAUGACUACAAACACAUUUCUGUAGUGAGCAAAACAUUUCCUCCCCAAACCUCACAUUUCAGUUGUUGCUUCCAUAAUUGUGUCAAUUACUUAGUAAAUAGUUGGGAAUACAAAUUACCACAAUACUUGUUAUAAUUUCUUUAAAAAUCCUUUAAAGUUGAUAGCAAGUGGAAGGUAGGUUGUGUUUAGUUUAUAGCAAUGGGGGUGGGGGUGGGGGGAGAAAACACACCUUUUAUGUAUCUUCCUUUCUUAUUUUUUAAUGUUUAUGUAUUGUACAGAUUUUUGGUGAGAGAUGUAAUUUGAAAUAUGAUGGUGUGUAAUAUGAAAUAUAAUUUAUUUGAAAUAUACAACUGGAUCAUAAGUACUGGUAUUUCAGGUGUUUGUAUGUAAAUUAUAACUUAUUUAUUUCACAAAUUUGGAAUAACAGUGAUUACUUUUUAAUGUUGGUAAAACUAUAGAAUUUUAAUACUAUAAGGUCCUGGUAUUAUCUUUGAAUAAUUUAUUUGAGUUGAUAUUUUUAAACUUGACAAUUCAUUUCCUCCUUCUCUAUGCAAUGACAAUAUAUAUUAUUAUAUUUACAAUCAAUAUGCAUUAAAAAAAAUAAGUUUGGCUCAAACUUGAGACUGCUAAUGAUUGGCUGCAUGAAUAUGAUGUCAUUUGGCUCUUCCUCUAGUUACUAAUGGGGUUGUUGAUAUUGAGCUGGAUUUUCACUGCCCUGAUUCAGUUUGCAGACUGAAAAUCUUUUCUUGGCAGGGCAGGCCAUAAAGUGAGAUGGUUACAGUAUUUUUGGAGAGUGAGCUGAGAAGUCAUUUGCUGAUACAACCAGUAUCAGUGUGUUUUCAGUGGUUAAUUUGUUUCCCCUAUGCAUCCUGCCUUCUGCAGUGUGGAGAGUAAUAUGUGCUGUACAAAGUUAAAAGGGAUGUUCUUGGAUCAACUAUGCUGUGCUGAACCUGUGCAGAUAUGUCGAAAGCAGCCUUCUACCACUCUGUCCGCCCCUCUCUUUAUAGAACUUGGGGGGACAUUGUGCUGCAGUGGGGUUGUGCUCACCCUAAUAACUGAACACAGUGACCAAAGGAAUCUUUCUCUCUCUUUUUGCAGUUCAGACUUACUAGGUUUUCCCAUUGCCUGCAAGAAAGGCAGAGGAAAAUGUGAAGUGGGGCGUGUGUCUGUGAAAAUAGCAAGCAGGGGUAGGCACAGCAGUAGUUGUCAGGGGAAAACUUUGGAGAAACCUUUUCUCCUCGAGAAAAAGAUGUAAACUCAUGUAUCUAGCUGGGAGGGGUGAUUUUUUUUUUGAGCGAUAAAUGAUUGACAGGGAUUAAUCAUCAUCUCUGCACACAUUUUUUGUUUGCAUUAAAACAGUUUGGAAAGUUACACAGAACUGGGUGAAAUGUGUGUUUAUAGACAGAAAGUUUGGUUACGGACAGAAAGCAAUUGUGGUAACUCAAAGCAGUUUACAUUAACAAUUAAAAACAAAAACCUAAACACACACACAUAAAUGUAAAAGCUGUGGUUCAUAUCUUGUCAUAUUCUAAAAAGUAUUGCCCAGUUUAAAUAAGACCUCAGAUGCAAAAAAAAGCGCACUCACUUAUGUAUGUUUCAUGUGUCAUGGCACUUUAACAACGCUUUAAGAUACGAUGGCUCUUUACAGGCAAAGCAAUUUAUGGCCCUGAGGAACCUUACUGGAGUGCCGUUGCUGUCAGCUGCAGAGCUUCAAGCCAUGUGAAAGUCUGCAUGGUUCAAGCACUGCUCAUGCCCUUCUACACAGCACCUCACUACACAGUACCUGCUAUCUAUGCACCCCAGUGAUGACAUAACUUCACACCUGAGAUGGACCUGACCCUAUGUUGACAACUGCUAAACCCACAUCACAACCACAGAGCACUGCAUGUGGCAUGUCUGCACUAAAUCACUGCACACACAGCCACUAGGAUAUAUAAAUAGAGACUACAACUCAGAUGAUACGACACAGAUUAUGGGACUAUAUCUUUCUGGCUCUAUGUUUUGCACCUUUGAAGGCAAAGUAGAUGUUUAUCUUGAAGUUUGGCUUCGCGUAGCUGAUAUAUGUUUCACAAAGAGCUGGCACAGGAGGGUCCAGGAUGGAUGGGCAGCAUGGUUUGGGGGAAGAAGGGCUUUAACUCACUGCCCUAGCUGUGAUGGUAAUCAGAAUUGUCCCCCACCAUGUCAACAAUUUGCAAUGGAAGCAAAGCUCCCAUUGGGGCUCUACAGGAUUUCUCAUAUAAAUUUGUGAUUAAAAAACCCCCAAAUCCUGGCAAAUUGCCAUAUUUUCCUUCUACAGAUUUGUUUCAUUUAUUAAGUAGGUUAGUUUUGAUUUUGUAUAAACUUUGUUCAUGAGUCACAGUGCUUGCUUGAAAUAUCAAUGUUACGAGCAGAAUAUUUACAGAUAAAUAUCUAAUUUGUGUUUUUAGGCAUUAGUAUCUGAUAUACACCACUUCUGUAAAACUGAAAGUUCAGCUCAGUCCAUAAGAAAUUAAUUACCUAAUGCAAUUUGUUUUGCUUAGAGCUGCAUCUGAGGAAGCUUUAGAUAAAGUGAAUGCAGGGUAUUGACAUGUUGAAAAUACUUUGCACCAAUCCUGUGGAAGUCUGAGGGUAUUUCUCCUUCCCAUUAAGUUUCAAGUGAUACAUUUUAUUGAAUUGUAUAUGGAAAUGAACAGAUAAAUCAAUAUAAUCUCUCCUAUUUGUUCAAAUACUAAAUCUAAUUUUGUGUGCUCCCUACACUUUUCUAUUUUUAUCAAGAUCCAUUCUUGUAAUUAAAUAUGUGUGUGUGUGUGUGUGUGUGUGCCUUUCAAAUUGAAACCUCAUUAUUAAACUACAAAAUGCAUAUAUUUCUGGCUUACUGCUGUAUGAACCAUCCUACUCUUCCAGCUUUUAAACAAUUCCAAGGAAGAGUCCCAAAUUCAGGUAAAUUAAGUAAACAUAAAUGGAAUUAUAUACAAAACAAUGGAUUGCGUGGUUGGUUAAUUUGCAGCAUUAGGAACACUCAAACCACCCACUUUUCCCAUUUAACAAAAGCAAAAGACAAGUGGGCCUCCCUUUGAAAGGCACUACUUUCCUGUAUGUAGGACCAGGACAAGGGUUUUCACUACCAUGACCUGCUUUUGACUUUCCUUUGUCAGCACCUGCCAGUUUGUAAGCACAUACAGAAUGUUGGAUUGCAUGGACUGACUUGGCAAGAUGUUUAUGCUGUUACAUUAUGAUCCAAAUCAAACAGAAGAUACUCAACAUCAACAUAGAGACUAGAACAAAUAUAGACACACAGAUACGGGUGUUUCUGAAAACAUAGAAGGGAUAUUGCCCGCCCUCCCAUCCACUCCUUUAACCUUUCAGAACUGGUGUACUUUGGAGAUUAGGUAUUUUAUGGUAAGUACUAUCAUUAGGAUAAAAGAGCAACACCAUUGACGAGCUGGAUGGAGAUAGACUUGAGCAUUGAAAAUGCAUUUGUGCAUCUGCAGUCACAUAAAAUUGUAACUAAACCAUAGUAAAUGUAGGUACAUUCAAUAUGAGUUCUUUCUGCGGGGUGGGGGGGUGGGAGGAGACUUCAGCAGGUGCAAGGAAUUCCUUGCAGGCUAAGAACAUAGAGACACAGUAAGAUGUAAGGACAGCAAAAGCACCACUCUUGUUUUUCAUUACAGGAAACGAAUACUCUGGAAGGCUUGAGAGCGAGGUGCAUGCACCUUCGUAACAAGACAGGAUGGAAGCAUACCAGUAAAUUAAGCAGGGAGGCAGCUGCCAACACAAUAAACAUGUGAGUAAAAGAAUAUUUGUGCCAUCCAUGCUGCCAAACUGAUGAUAACAUAUGGCCUGCAAGAUUUUGAACUAUUUUCUGAAAACACUCUGAAAAGGCUCUGUGCCUCACCAUGUACACAUUGUUGUCAAGUGACAUGACUAUUUAGAAGGAUACACAUUGUUAAUAAUUCCCAGAAGAAUGGCUAUCCUUCUCUGUUGCAGAAAAACAACUCCUUAGAGACCAACAAAUUGCAUAUCUUAGAAUGGACUACAUGAAAGUCAGUUUCAUUAGAUGCAUGAAGUCUUAUCCUGAGUUGUGUGUGUGUGUGUUGUAAAGAAUGAGAUAAGAAGGAGAGAAAUGCAGAAGGUACAGACUGUGAUGAUUAUAUUAUUAACUGUAGACACACACAUACACACAAAAUUGUUAUUGAUCCUGGCCCUGCUAAAUCAAUUUGUCUACCUGGGACAUAGAUCACUUGCUUGUUUGGGACAGAGUUGCACUCCUGAUUAGCAGGUACAUAGUGGGGUACUCCAUCUCUGUCACUAGAAGCCUAAGUUACCUUUUGUGGUCAAGAGGUGUUUUCUACCAGUUUGGGCUGGUGCUCAGUUGUGACUGCAGUGGUCCAUGCAUUGGUAAGCUCAAGGCUUGAUUAUUGCACUUUCUGUGAAGCUGCCCUUGCAUCUGGUCUAGAAGUUUCACCUAGUGGAAAAUGCAACAACCAGACUGCUCACAGGAUUAGUGGCCCCAAUCGCAGCGGUGCAGGGUAGGGGAUGGUAUGGUGUAGGUGGUGGGCAGGCCGGGUAAAGAGCAGCUAGUGACUAUGCCAUGGGCCAGCCCCUCCUUCAUCCUUGGGAAUUACGGUUGUCCUUCAGUCAGCCCUCAGGUCUGUGGCUGCUGUUGCUGAAUGUCAGGUUGGCUUGGAGCAGGCAUAGGCAAACUCGGCCCUCUAGAUGUUUGGGACGACAACUCCCAUCAUCCCUAGCUAACAGGACCAGUGGUCAGGGAUGAUGGGAAUCAUAGUCCCAAAACACCUGGAGGGCCGAGUUUGCCUAUGCCUUGCUUGGAGUAAGGCCUCACUACACAUGCCUAAUCAAAGAAAUUAGAUGCUGUGAAUUGGAUCCUAUUGAUUAAAAUAUAUUGUUGAUUUUGUAAUGGAUAGGUCAAGUUCAUGAAACAUUUUGAAGUGAUUUACUGGUUCUUUGAACAGGACAGUGUUAACUGGUUGGUGAGCGAAAACAAGAACCACCCCUUGUUUUCUUUUCAAUGUGAAUUCGAGUUUUCCAGACUCGACUCACCGCUGCCCCACCCCUCAAAUCAAGCUAAAACUGACUUAGACAACUGGUUGGUGUAAUGCCAAUAUCUUCAGAAGCAAAUUGAGACAGAACUAGAUUCUGAAGUAGGAGACAUCUCUUUAUAGAAUAAAGCAUUAACUAGUAAUAGGGCUUUGCAGGGAGCUGUCAUAAUUAAUAAGCACCCGCGCACAAGGCUUGCUUUGUUAAAUACAGUGUAAUCCUUACAGGAGUUAUUGCAUGCAAUAAUUAACUUGAUUACAGAAGGCAGAAGGGGGAAAAAAGUCUCAGACUAAUCAAAGCACCCUCUGUAACUCAUAGGCUUUAAUAAUCAUUAUUUUCCCUCUUACAAACUGCAGGUGCUUCGUUAUGAGUUUUGAGAAUAACUAAAUGCUUGUCCUUAAGAUUUGAUUAAUAUUUAGGAGUUGUUUUAACGUCACAGAAAGCAUUAAUCAGAUCUUUAAUUUUUGGAUCAUUUUCCUGUUUGAUUGGGGAUAAAGUACUCAUCAAAAUGAAUUAAACAGGCCAUUUCAGUGCAGAAAGUUUGGCUAGUUCCUGGCUGUGGAGUUCAGGGCCAUUGUGUGUGGUUCAACUUUCUUCUGAGGGAGGAAAUACUUUGUGAAAAUAAUGCAGGUAUAAAAAAAAUUAAGGACUGUGCCACAAAGUAUUUCUCUGAGGCUGUAAUAUUAUUAUCCACUUAAAAUAAAGGGAUUCUCUAACUCUUACAGCGCUGUAGUUACUCGCAAAAAAUGCAUGAGUCAUAUUUCUAGGAUUUUGAGACGUUGCUUUUUGGUUGACACAAAUAAGGGGUGCAUCAGUUCUGGGUGAUCAGAGCUCUGCAACCUAGGCAUUUAUUUAUAAAGAAAUGUCUACCUCACUUCUCUUUAUAAAUAAAUCCUAAGUGGCUUACAGAAUCACUAAAACACACCAACUCAAUAUAUACAGCAAUAAAGCCCAGUAUAUCUUUAAAACAGUAUUGCAUAUUAGGAGCACCAUACAAGUUUAAAAGCGGGAAGAUAAACAUGGUAAACAACACUGGAAAUGUGACAAAAUACAAACGUCUUGUUGAAGCUUAAAAUAAAAAAGUAACCCUGUCCCAAGUCAUGUAGGACUUUGUAGGUCAUAAUCAGUACUUCGAAUUGUGUCCAGAUGUGGACCCAGCCAGUAAAGCUGUAAGACUGGCCCUGGUCAGUGUUCUGGCUGCAGAAUUCUUAAAGGGUAUUCUGAAGUUUCUGAAUACCCUUCAAGUGUCUCUAAUUUCCAGGGACAGUUCCAGAUUUAGAGAUGCUGUCUCAGUUUCUGAUUUGAUCCCAAAAUGUUCCGCUUUUCCUUACAACUUCCCUAUUUCCAUUGGAGAAAUGUUGGAAGGUAUGGAGUUAUCCGACCCCAUAGCCAUCUGAAGCAGGCAUCCCCAAACUCGCCCCACCAGAUGUUUUGGGACUACAACUCCCAUCAUCCCUAGCUAACAGGACCAGUGGUCAGGGAUGAUGGGAAUUGUAGUCCUAAAAACAUCAGGAGGGCUGAGUUUGGGGAUGCCUGAUCUGAAGGCAGCCCUGUAUGGGGAAUGUUUUCUAUGUUAAAUGUUUUCUAUGUUUUUAUGUAUGUUGGGAGCUGCCCAGGGUGGCUGGGUUUACUAUUUAUACGACUACUAAUACUACUACUACUAAUGGAAUAUUACAUUCCCAUUCCCAUCAGAGAAAUGUUGGAGGGCAUGUCCUUGAAAUGUAGCCCCAUGUAGUCCAAAUAACAUUACUAUGCACUACAGUAAUCCAAACAACAUGUAUAGGUGGUUUCUAUGGCCAGACUGCAUGUGCUGAUUCACCAACACCACCAUUUGAAGUCGGCCCCGUCAAUCAGGAAAUAAUUUUAGCCCCUCAAAAAUUCUAAUGGAUCAAUACAACAUGUUUAUUACUUUAACAGUGAAAUCCUAAGUAAAAUAAUAGUAUAAUCAUGGUUAAUAAAAAUGUGCUUAAUAGAAAUACCAGGAAAACUAUAAGCUGAGAAUCCCCCCCUCCCAUGCCAUUAGGCUGAAAAUAGCUGGGGACUUCUAGAAAUAACCAAUUUUCCUUCCAUGAACCAGAAAGGUAGAGAUAUAAAUUUACUUUGAAACCAUGAUAAUGGCAAUCCAAGUGAUGUUGACAUCAGCCUGGUGUUUCUUGCCAUUGCUGAAAGAGCAACAGUUACUGUUUAAUUCUAAUGCAGUAAGAUAGCCUGCAGCUAAAUAAUACAUUUCUGUUAACAAUUAUUUAGCACAAUCCUGAACUGCAAAUAAAUUUACAUAAAAAUUUGUCUCUUGUAGAGAGUACUUACAGGGAAUGUAAUUGGAUGUAGAGAGAAAUAAAAUGGCUCCAAAUGGAUGAAAUGUUUGCAUUACAAGAGCAUUAGCAUUCCAAAAUCCUUUAUAGAAAUAUAAACAUAUACAUUGCAGUGUUUAAAUACUAAGCAGGCAUAUAUAAUAUUUAAUGAUGUGCCAUCAAAGCUAUUGCUUUUUGUACAAAAAAAGAAAUGUAUGCAUUGGAAUACUUUUUGAAAUCCCACUUCUAUCUUAUGCAAGGCUGGAAUAUCAAUUUUUACCCUUGCAUCUCCUUUCCUCCUCUUGCUUCCCAUUCUUAUUUCUACCAUUGUCAAAUUUCAGGCAGCAAGUUUCUUGAAGAAUGAGCCUUCCAAUUUUGCCUAGACUGCUUUGUAAAACAGCAUGUACAAUGAAGAUAAUAAUAAUAAUAAUAAUAAUAAUAAUAAUUCCCAAUGAUCUAGACUGUACAUUCUACUUUGGGAUGCUUCUUUCCCCUUUUGUGUGUGGAAGUAGUUUAUUCUCAAGUUCAAGGUCUUAGCUCUUAUGUUCAACCAUUGUAACUUCUAUUAUCUGUGAUCAGCGAAGCUCUAGAGUGCUGGUAGGGUUAGCCCUUACACAUUUUCAAAAAUAAGGAAAUGCAUCAACAAAAAAGGGAUAAAAGAGGUCAUAUAUUUGCAUAUGCUAAUUUAUUUGUUAAUUUGUACAAAUUUAGCAAUAAUGACUGUAAUUUUAAAUUGAAAUAGGGUGUUUUGCAUCAUAGUGGGGGAGACUAUGACUUGUGUGCCUCCUCAGUCUGCUUUCUAGGUGCUGACUGUUGGAAGGAUACUUGAAGGCCGUUGUACUUCCUUCUUAUGUUUCUUUUGAGCUGUAAUUAGACUGGACAGUUGGUUUAAACAGAGGACUCCUUCAAAUAGAAGAUUGCCUUCUGUAAAGAAGGACAUUUCACCACCUUAUGCACGUAGAAUUAUUGUUGCUAAAUACUGUGAGCAGAUUGCUUGCUUAAGAAUAAGACCUAGUUAGAAACCUACCUGCAGUUGUAACGUUUGGAACUGGACACUGCACGGCGCUCAGAAGAGAUGUGAUUAUUUAAAACAGUGUUAUCUUUCUCUUUGAUUUGUCAGUGAGGCUGAAUCAUCUGCCUGACCCACUUAGCUCCAGAGGUUACCACUUUGGAGUGGGAGCCUGCACACAGCAACCCCACUUUGUGUAUGAACCAGACCUAAGUGAAGAAAGAAAUGUAUGAAUCCACUCUCGAAAGUGCAGUUAGAGUAAAUCUGACCUCUUUACAAGCUGGAAGUGGAGCAAAUCAAUUUUUUUUUAAAUAAACACUUUAGAGGUCAAUGUUACAUAGCAAUUCAUAUGGGCUGGCAUUUAAGCAGAGAUUAGCUUAUUCAUGAGAGGACAAUGACUGACGCCUCCCCUAGCAAGAGGACUGAGGGCAUGGAAACACCAGAGAGCUGUUAUUUAAUGGACUGCACUAAAUGUCUUAGACUUUAAGUUGUAACAAUACUAUUUCUCAUUUUUAGAAAAAAAAAUAUUGUUACUGUACAAAUAAUAGAACUGGGUGAUAACCAUACUAAUGUUAGCUGUACUUGAAGCAGACUCAUUGAGUAGAGUGUGACACCUCUUGAGUGUGACUUUGUUGGAUAUCACCCAGUGUUUCUCCAUAAUAAAAUACUAUUUAUUAAUAUUCCAACAUAUUUCUUGGGCUUAGGGGUUGGCUCGUUGGGAUAUACUGUAAACACAUAGGGUGUCAUACAAACCCAGCAAUAUGAUAUUAAUAAAAUUGAUAUUGCUGAACAGAUUCUUAAUUUGAAUUAUAUUGCAUUUUCCCCACCAUUCUGGUUAGCUGAUAUGUAGAACAAACUUGAAAGUAUUUUUUUUAAAGGCUUCAAAGCUGCUUAAUUGGACAUAGUUUAAACAUGUUUGUUAAUUAUUCCCUACUUUAAAUCGUGUCAUGUGCAGUAAAGACUGAGAGGCUGCAUGCUCAGAUUUCAACAUUAAUCUAGCCAUUCAAAUAAUUGCAAUUAAUGUAUCAAAAUUUGCUAUUUAAAUUGUUGUAAUUGCACCCAGCUGCAUUCAAGUGGCCUUAUUAUUCUUGUAGGGCAAGGGAAGAUCAAUAGAUGAACAUCCUCACUGUCAGAUCUCAAAUACUUUUCUGGUGCUGCUCUGCCUUGCACUCUUACACUCAUAAGAAUGAAUUGCAGUUAAAUAUUUUGACCUAACUAAUCUGUGAUUCCUCGUGAAGUCUCAGAAUACUAUAAUGCUAUAUAAGCUGUUAUUGCAGAAACCUAUGCCAACGUCGAAUUUUCUAGCAUUGUUUCUUUCUGCUCUGCAUAAUUAUGUUUAAAUAAAGCACAGAGAAUAUAGGAAUUAUUGUAAAAUACGAAGAUUGCAAUAAAACAUUCAUUAUAGGGGCAGUAUUCCAACUGGACAAGCAGCUCUUCGGUUUGGGCUAAAGGGUAGUAAAGGCAGAGAUAGCCUGAUGUUAAAUUUAGGUGAUAAGAUGCCAGAAGGGCAUGUAUGGAGCUGAAUUAGGAUAAAGAAGGAUGUUGGAAGAAGAUACAUACCGAUGCAAGGCAGAGUGUGUGCUCUGAGAACUGGGGAGAGGAAGAGAAAGUGUAAAACAAAUAUCACCUAUUACAAGGCAGGAGAAGUGAAGGAGAUUGCAGUGAAUCAGGAGGUCAUGUGAAUCAGGAGGUCCGAACAUGUGAAACUCAAGGAUUUCCUAGGCAGUUCCCGUUUAAUUCUUGGGCUUUUAUUAUCCACAGCACUCAGGGUUCUUCUAGGUCCCCUUGAUCUCUAUAUUACAUGGAACUAACACUGUGGUGUAGGGAGAGACAUGUGCUAAGAGAGACAUAAUGUCCAAAACAUAACAAGCCUCUGAAAGAAAGAUUGCCACAGGUUGAUUAUUAGAAUUUUACCUGUAUUAUAGUCUAUAUUCUGUUUUCGUAUGCUGCUCCCUGCUUUGGGAUGAAAGCAACACACACACACACACACACACACACACACACACUGGAAUGGUAACUUGCAGCUAGUUGGAAUUUUUAUUACAUGAAAUAAUGUCAGUCUUUCCUACAGGAAAAAGAGUUGAAUUUUUAAUAUGGGAUUUCCCCCCCCCCCAAAAAAAAUGUUCCAAAAGAACUUUUACACACUGUAUUUAAUCUCUUUAAGAGAACAUCCCAAAUGAAAACAGGUAUGCUUCUAUCGUUCUUUCCUGAUGGUGCUUGUUAUUUCAUGUUGACAACUUAUAUUUUCGCACUUCAUCUCCGGAUUAGUGCACUAAGCUGAAAGGUGACUUGUGCGCCUCUCCAGCUAUUCAACAUCUUUGUGCCGUCAAUUUUCAACCACCAGGACCAAGAUGAUGAUGUUGUGAAAAGGUGGUUUCUUCAAUCAAUUUCUUGAUUGUACGAAUUUUCACAAAGCUAGAGCUGUGGAGGUGGUGUCUGAACUCCAUUGUCAUCCAAGGUCAUAACUGCGUCCUAAACAUUUCAGAGAACUAUAAUGAAAAAAGUAAUGCAUGAAUGUAUAUGGGUGUGGUGGAAAAGAAACACACGUUUAGUUAGUAUAUGGUUGUGAUGAAGAAGUCAGAUGCACAGUUCAGCCCAACUUUCAUUCUCAUUAUUUGAAUUGACCUUUUGGACUGAAAAUUAAGUCUAUUUCGUUUCUCUAAAACUCCUGUCAGACUGUUGGGCAAGACCCAAUGGUGGGAGGGGAAUCAGGGGACGGUGGCAAAAGUAAGUCACCCAGGAAGUAAGUGUGAGUGCAUGUAUAUGUGUGCAUGCGUACAAGGUUUUGAGGGUAUUCUGCACCAGCAAAUUAUCAAACCACGGUAAAACAUCACACAUGAUGUCUUUUAGUUUUGUUGUAGGCUUCAAAUCAGGUUGUGUGCAAUACUUGGGACCAAACUGGAUUUGACUAAACUGGGAGUUCUGUGAUUGGCUACCCCAUAUAUAUUUACCCUGUAGCAAAAUCAGAUAAGGGUUGAGGCACUAGCAAAGGGCAUUUUCAACAAAUGUAAGCAGGAUGAGGCUUUCACAAAUGACACUUUCCAGAUGAAAAGGCAUCAUUUGGGUCAAACUAGAAAUGACCUUGGGAGAGCCUUGACUUGGACUCCCAUGCAUUAUGAUUUUUAAGUAAAAGCAAAUCACAUUGAAGUCGCAGUCCUGUGUAUCUUUAAUACCUUCCCCCGUGCCAUUUCUGGAGUAUAUACACCCCACACAUCCUUGAUGAACAGGAGACAAAAUGCACAACUUUUCAUCUUAUGAUAUAUUGGACGUUAAUAUAAAAGAUGUGCAAAACUAGGAUGUGCAAAUCAUUAUAUUUCCCAGUUCCCAGUGCCCAGUUUGGUCAGUUGGCACUCAAAUGAUCUCCUAUAAAUUCUAAGGUACAACGCACACUGUAACUGGAAUUAUCGCUGGUAGCACCCAAAAAUAGUAAUGUCCUCCAGAGCACAUUCAUUGAAAAGCAUUGAUAUUUAUUCAAUUAUUUGCAAGUAAGAAGCACAUAGAUUUUGUUUUCUAUCAAUCAGCCUGUUUUUAAUACUGUAAUCAUUACAUCAGUCAAAGAAUCCAUGUCAGACUUCUUCGCUAUCAAACUGUAUUCAUUACUUUGUAGCUCAGACAACCUAAUGAUAGUACUGCCUGCUCAAAAUAGCGCUUCGUUCACUUAUAUGCAUUUUAUAGAUAAUGAGCACGAUCUAUUCCCUUUCAUGUGUGCACUUCUGCUUAGGUGGGGAUGGUAUUGUUCCUUGUAAAGUAUUGGGGAACAAAGCUAAAAACUGUUGUAAGCUGACAACAAUAGACCUGAAUCAUAAUUAGCCUCCCAGCUUCUACCAUUCCAUUCCCUGCAGCUGGCCACUCCCCUUAACCCUUCAUUUCCUCAAGCCCAGGCCUUAAAGGAGCCUUACUGUCACAGGGGUAUCCAUAGGACAUCCUUGAGUUUCCCCACCUUUUUCAGCCACAGUUCUUUGGCAGGAUACUGCUGUACAUGACUUGGACAUGGUGCCCAAACAUCCUAUUCGAUUACUUCCAGCCUGCUUAAACUUCCAGGUAUAUACCAUGGUAUCAUCAGGGAGAACAGUUCUGGUUGCCUGAAUUUUAUUUUUAUAUAUAAAUAUCACAGAGAGCCAUUACAUCAGAAUGGUAUUCAAUGGACUAGUUAAUAGACUAUAGUUUCCUUACUAAGUGAGUGAUGUUCAGCAAAUAACUGCAGUGCUGCUAUAUCAGUUGCAGGAAAUUAUGAGGGACCCAAGUUUGCCUACCUUGUGCAUUUUGGAUAGUAGCAAGAAGAUACCUGGUUGAGGGGCCCAUAGUGUGUUCUCUAGAAGUGUUUAUAAGUAGUUUCUCCCCUAUAUCUUAUACCCCUGUUUCCCUAUGUAUGCCAAAUGAGAAUAAGUUUGCAUCAUACUUCUUGAAACCUUAAUCAUCCAGUUUGUGUUUAAGGUGCCACAAGACAUGCAAAGUUAGUUAUUCUUGAAUCUAAAAAUGAUAAAUUGUCACACUAUAGUAAAUAUAGUAGCAGCAAAGGCAAAUUUUGUGUAAUAACAAGAAGUGGCUAAGAUACAUGCCUUUGUACUCUUGCAGUACAUCAUUUUGUGGUGUGCAAUGUGGCAGUCAUCUUUGGUUGCACAACCAUUCCUCCUUUUCAACCAUUUCAGCCCCCAAGGACUGUUACAAUUAAAGUGGUUUUGCUUAUACUGCACAUCUGUGAGCCUGCAUUUAUGAACUUCACUUGCCGGGAGUGUUUUUUGGAGAACAGUCUGCCGUUGCAGUGACUUCUUAUUUGUAAACCUGAGCUUGUUAAAUGCAAAGAGCUAUAUUAAGGCAGCUGUACUGUUGAGAUUUAUACUCACAAGUCAAGAAGUUCAAAGUCAUCGUUCCCCUGACAACCAUACUGUGUGUCCCCUUGUUCAUACUUGAUGACACAGUUUUAUUACUAUGUCUGUGUAGAGACUUGUAUAUAUCAAGCUCUUUGUGCAAUUCUGGCAUCAGGUUUGGAGGCUUGUUUCAGGGUGGAGAAGAUGGUACAGCAAAACAGCUAUGCCGUAUUAAUGUCCAUUCCAUAUUCUAAGGGCAGAAGGUGAUCUCACUCCUUUUCAUUUUAAUUAAUUAAUUAAUGCAUUUACUUUACAUUAAUAGUACCAUCAAAUCCCUAAGGGUUAUGGCAUUUUUCUACAAAACUUGGCUGCUUGACUGUGGAAUGAAUACAUCUGUAACUGCUGUUUGUGAGAGUUUGCAGAUCAAGUAAUAGAACAUUGCACAUACAUCACCUCUGUGGGACCUAAAAUUUGGGCCAAACAAUGUAUUUCAGUUGAAAAGAGUUAUUUGGAUGCAGUGACAUGUAAGAGAUAAUAGAAACAGCAAUAACCUCCCACUCAAUUUCUAUUUCUUCUGCCAUAAAAAAUAUUUAUUUUGAUCUGUAGUUGUCAUUAUUUCAUGGACAUGGGGAACUAUUACCACUGUGAACAUGCUGGAGUUGAAAGGAAAGGAAAGAUUGGAAACAAAGUGAAAGCCAGGGGGGAAAAGAGUACAGCUUCCUUCAAAAAUAACCUCCAGUGCCUCUGUCCCUCUGCUGAGAGGACCACAUUCUUCUAUUCCCAUUCAACUGGCAAGUGACCACACCUGCUGUUUUACCAAGGGACCAAUGGGCUCCCAAAAGCUCUCUGGGUCUCUUACUUUAACCUUGCUGUCUCUCCAUCCCACUUCCACUGCAGCUGGAUGCAGAUUUUUUAAUCUCUUCUUUCAUAGUUGCAAAUCCCACUCUUCAUUUAGCAUCAUGACCCUCCUAUAAAUUCCUCACCCACAGCCACAGGGAAGAAUAGUUCAGCUUCUCAUCUACAUAUGAGGUAGAUACAGAGAAACAGGAGAAAUUGAGUACUUAAACCAUCCUAUGAGGAAUAACAUAUUGAAACCAUUCCCACAUGUAUCUAAAUCAGCCACUGUCCUCCUUUUAACCUAUAGACUUCUAUGAACAAUGACAGGUUAAUUCCCCUCUCACCAUCUGCUACUGUAAAGACUGGAAUAUUUCCCUAUUUUAAACUUAAGUGUUAUAAAGUUAUACUAAUGUUUACAUCAGGUAUAGGUAAUAUGGUGUCUGUCAGAUGUUGUGUACGAAAACCCUAUCAUCCCUGGCAAUUGGCUGGGACCGAGAGUUGUAAUCAACAGCAUCUGUUGGAGGGUAUAAUGUUGGCUAGCCCUGGUUUACAGCAUGAAGAGAAAUUAAAGGUCUAAACUAGUCCUGAACAGCUGCAAUUCUGCUCUGCUCUAGUAAAAAAUUGUGUAGACUGCUAUAGGCAGCCAGGUCUGAAGUAUUAAAAAUGCACUGUGUUAUCAGACUCCAAAAAGGAACUGAAAAGAAAAAUGCCAGAAUGUAAAAAGAGUGCUUUUAAUCCAGGCUCAGAUAUCUCAUAAGUAACCAAAUGGAAUUUUAAAAUAGCUACAAAAAUGAACCUUUGGGCAAAACAUAUGUAGCACAAACUGCAGCCAAAAAGAAAGCCCUUUUUUUCUUGUUUGUCGUUGUUGAAAAGAAGGUUCCAAGUGCCUGCAAAGAGUGAGUGACUGAAAAAUUACUUCUCAUUACCCAAAAUGGUGGAGAUGCUAUUUGCCAGCACAGUGCAAUAAUGUAGCUUGCCUUGUGUGCCGGAGAAUCUUGCAUGUCAAGCACCUGCCAGGUACUUUAGCAUUUUCACUAUAAAUGAGAUGUGUAGUAGUAAAGUAAAGCUGCCUGCUAAGAAGCUCAGACUGAGCCUUGGCACUUACUCUAAAAACAAUACCUUUGUGAAUAUUCCAGAAGGCAAUUUAAUGUGAUUCUUAGUUGAUUAAAGUGUUUCUUUACAGCAGCUUCAAUCAUGGACUAACGUUGUAUGUGGAAGAGUUUAAGAGUGUCUGAUUUUGAUAGAUAUUGCCAUUGAAUGCUUUCUGACUGAACAGAGGAGAAUGUGGUGGUAUCUCCUUCAGAUUUGGUGUUAGCAAAUAUUCUUACAGUCUUGUUGUUUUAAAAUUACCGUCUAUUGAAUAAGAACUCGAGUAUAACUUAAUAGCAUAUAUUAACUAAAAUUGUCAUGAGUAGCCAUUGGCAACAUGCUGAGUAAGCUCAUGAAAUAUAAAUAGGCAUUCUUCAAUAUGUGUCUGACAUAUCAGAACUUGCUGCAGUAUAACUCAGUUGGACAUUAUCCAUGCUGACUGUAAACAGCAGAAGACCUCAGUGAAGAGAAUACUAGACAGUUUUGAAUCUGAAUUUGUGGAAGAAAAGUCAUCUUCAGUCCCUGUACUAAUUGCCUAAGAACUCCUACGGUUAACAAAUAAAUUGUAUCACCUGUUCCCAAGUUUUCCGAUUUCACUUCUUUGAGCAGGGAAAACAUGGCAUGAUGUCAGAUACUUAUUGAAGAAUCCUACUUAUUUACAUGAGUUUACUCAGAACAUUGUGGUGGCUACUUGGGGCAAUGAAUAGAUGAGGUGCACCUUAUCAGUUUAGUUUUAACAGGUGUGGGGCCGCUGUUUUGGGAGACAGCCACAUGUCUCUUGUGACUUCCUUUGUCUGCACAGACAACGUGCAUGCUUCCUUCUGACCUAUUUGCUUUCUAUACUGUUGCUAAUGAUAAAUGUCUGAUCUCAUUCAUCCUAGAGAGCUUUGUUCUUUAGAAUGUUUCCAGACACAGGGUUUUGCAAUCUAAAUUUCAGCACUGGUAAUGUGCACUGUCUACACUGAACAGUACUGAAUGCAGCAUAAGUCUCUCAGGGUCUGCUGAGAACAGCUCUGGUAGCUUUGAACUCUCACAGCAAGGAGUACCUUUUAUUUGGAGCUACUUCCUCUUGCUUUAUGGUUGGAUGCUACUAUCUCUGUUGGGAAUGAUGGCCCAGUUUGGAGUUGCUAAUCCAUAGUUUAGUGCUCAGUAAAUGAGCCUACUUGAGCCUCAGGCAAGAGCGCUCCACUCUCCUCUUCCAGCAUGGAUGUGAGGAGAUCAGAAGCAUAUGAUUUCAACAUGGCCAGAAUUGUUGUUUUGUCCAAACUCUGAACUCCGGUUAAUUUAAACCAUGGUGUGUUGAAAGAAGCCAAGGUCAUGAAACCACAGUUUCAAUAAUCCAUAGGUGAAACCCGCCACAGUUUGACUUUUUUGGGGGUGGGUGUGUAAAGAAUGAUUAUUCUAAAUGAUGAAAUGGAUGCUUCUAGUUUCCUUGUGGCCACACUGCAGUAGGACAGGAUUGGGAUCACAUAAAACAAAUUGUUUGUUUAGCACUAUGGGAUGUGGGUGGCGCUGUGGUCUAAACCACUGAGCCUCUUGGGCUUGCCAAUUGGAAGGUUGGUGGUUCAAAUCCCGGCUACGGGGUGAACUCCCAUUGCUCGGUCCCUGCUCCUGCCAACCUAGCAGUUUGAAAGCACGUCAACGUGUCAGUAGAUAAAUAGGUACCGCUGCUGCGGGAAGGUAAAUGGUGUUUUGGUGCACUGCUCUGGUUUUGCCAUUAGUGGCUCAGUCAUGCUGGCCACAUGACCCAGAAAAACUGUCUGCAGACAAACGCUGGCUCCCUUGGCCAGUAAAGCUAGAUAAGCGCUGCAACCCCAGAGUUGUUCGCGACUGGACUUAACUGUGAGGGGUCCUUUACCUUUACCUUUAUGGUUUCAUCUUAUGUCUGAACCGGGUAUUUGACUAUAAGAGUUGUUCAAUAGGGUCAGAAUUCCCUGUUACUUAUCAUCGAGUGGUUUUUGCUGCAUCAACACUAGGUCUUGAGUAUUAUAGUAUGGUGGAAGCUGUUUCCUCACACUCCAGAUUUAUUAAAUAUAUUGAUUGCUGCAAUCUAGCUUAAUGGUUUCCCAUUAAUAUGAUGAGUGGAUUUGUCUAACUGACCUCUGUGCCCUUUUGAAAACUGAUGCCUAUACCUGUGGCAUUUUUCUAAUAAUGCAAUUACAUUAGAUAUAAAAUUCUCCACUGACUUGUCCUAAUAAGGAAGUUAAAAAUUCUAGUCACCUAAUUUACAUCCUAUUCCUUAGAAACUGUUUUUGUAAACCUUGGAACUGCUUAUGCUUUUUCCAGUCUCCUGGUACAUUCUGAUAUCUAGAUUUCCUAAAAAUAGGUUCUUACAGGUCACCAUCUUAUGUCAAAUAUAAGCUUGUCCCAGAAGCUUCAGAAAAGGAACAAAAGAUCCAAAAUGGCCAAUUAUACAAUAGUUUCCCUAUAAGAGUGUUUUUGUAGUGGAAUAUUGAUUUAGGUCUUCAAAUACAAAUGUUUAUCCUUGAAUGCCUUUUAAAAUAAAAUCUUACCAAACAUCAUUGAGUAUACAGUGCACAGCAGUCCUUGGCAUCCUGCAGAGUUUUUCUUAGAAGAAAGAUGAAUGUAAAGUCUCUUGGCUAGUAACUGAUUUAUAGAAAGUUGAACCACUUUUAACUUCCAUGCAUUUUGUCCUUGGUUUGUUGUGUUUGCAAUGCAAAAGGGCAUUUUCUUAUUGUGCAGGCCUUAUAUUUCAGACAUUAUUUUUUGCUCUGAAAAAGAUAAUAUUUUCCUCCAUUAUUUCUCUCUAUCAAGGCAGCUAUAUUCAUAAUUUCUUCAUGAAGGGUAGUCUUCUCUGUCAUUCGUCUUACCAACUGUCUCACUUUUCAGAUAUUCUAGUUUUUAAGCCUGUCAGGAACGCAGUAUUAAUAUUACUCAAAAAGAUCUUUAAAAUGAUUUGUGAUGGCAGUGGCAUUAUAAUAAUGUUCUUUGUAUUGUUUUCUAUCUUAUGCAAAACAUAAUGUUCAGUUUGUUCUCUCCCUUUAUAGCAUAAGUCAAAGAUGAGAAGGGGUAGUACUGAAAAUGAUGCUUGCUUAUUUUCACAGUUCAUAGAGUUCAUCAUAGAAUGGUAGAGUUGGAAGGGACCACCAGGGUCAUCUAGUUCACCCCUGCAAUGGAGGACUCGUUUAUCUAAUGUGGGGCUCAAACCCAUGACCCAGAGAUGCAGAGUCUCAUACUUUACCGACUAAGUUAUUCCCUUCUUACCUUCUUACUGUAAAACACAGAAAACGCUCUCAAUUCAGAUGUGGACAAUUCUUGAACAGGCAGUAGCUUGUGUCCUCACAUCUGCACUUGUGUUGGUUCCUUCUCCAUUUCCUGUUUAGCACUAAUUACAGUUUGGCAUGGCAUCCAAGUUGGUUAGCUGUUGCCCUCUGAAUUAGAAACCUGCAUUAAACAAUAGUUUCCAGUUCUGGUUUGGAGGUCAAGGACUAAGGAGGACCCUUUCACUGUAUGGCCCUAUGGGGCUGGUGCCCCUCCAGCCUGAGAAUGUGAUACUGCCAUCCUUGGACACAAAGGGCUCCAGACCAGAAUAUGCAGUGAGACCCUAAGCUCCCCUGCUCUGUUGCAGCAGGAGAAUUAUGCAGCAGGCUCGGCCCCUUUAAUUGAACAAGCACCUCCCAGUGCAGGCAGGUCUAACAGUUGGAAUGCAGCUGUUGCUACUAUAGAUAGGACUUGGUCUCUGUUUGUUGCUUGCUGAAGCCACAUCAGAAAAAAGCCUGCACCCAGGCUAAACCCUGCCAAUGGACAAUGGGUAACUGUGUGUUUGAUACUGAAUGAGUGCAUCAUAUUAUUUUUGUCCAAAGUGAUGCAGACCUCAGCAGUGAAGGGGGAGGUGUGUCUGUGUUUCCCCUCUGGCCUGCUGGUUGUUUUUCUAUGUAGAUAGCUGAUCAGGAGCACACAGGAUUUUUUAAAAGGCUCAUCCUGCAAGAUUUGAUUCAGAAUCUUUUGCCCUACCAGUUCUGAACUAUGGUCACUGUUGCCUUCUGUCCCCUGAAUUCUGCACUGUUAUAUGAAAUCUGGAUUUGGGUCAGUGCUUGCAGUCAUUUCUUUAUCCUCCCUAUAGGCUGUACUUGCAAUUUAUCUCACAAUACACAAGCACAUAGAUUCUAAGUAUUAGUGAAGCAAGCACCUGCAAAAUCCUUAGCAAUUAUAAGUUUGCUGAAGUAUCUACCUAAGAUAUUGGAAAAAUAAAGCAAUAUGUUUUGCUUCACAUUUUCAUUCUAUUUUUGACAUGUACUUGCUCAGUAAAGAUUAAGCCAAUGCUAUCCAGCACUUAAAAUUAAUAGUGUAUUUGAACAUACAUAAUUCAUAUAUGCACACAGACACAGCAGGGGAGGAGGAAAUCACAUUUGUUCACUUGAGCCUCAAUAUCAGCAGCAGGUUCUCCAGAAAGCACCAGUUCUGAAUAAGUCUCUAUAAAAUUUUAAAAUCCCCUGGUUUCAGCCACCAGAUUUCUGGGGCUGCAGGUAUCUUGAGUCUUCCCUUUAAUUUCCUUAACCAAGUUACUCUUAUUUUUCUUUUCCUCAUACGCUUGUGAAAUUGUGGGCAGAAAAUUCCUGCCUUGCAGGGGGUUGGACUAGAUGACCCUUGCAGUCCCUUUCCAAUGCUACAAUUCUGUGAUUCUUCCAGUACUUUGGGGCUUUCUUGCUUUGUGUUUAAUAGCAUUAACAAAGACUCCAAAGGAUUACAAGUACAUUUGUGUGCAGAUAAAGCAAUGUUUCUGUUAUGCACAAAGUCUUUGUAGUAAAAGCACGGAAGAGAAAAGCCUCGCAAGACAGAAAUGUUAUUUUAAACAUUACAAGUUAAGGCUUAAGGGCUAUGCAAUCAGAUAAAAAUGCUUAAGAUAUAUAGUGUUCACAAAGCCAUGAGCUUAAUAGUGUUUAUUAGAGAUGCUAGUGAAGCUUACUAGGCUUAUUAUCCCCCCUCAAAAAUGAGCUUCAUGACUUAUGAAACCUCUGAUUUCUGCUCCAACUUGAGCAGGAAAAGAAAAUCCUGGUGCUGGAGCUGGAAAAGAAAUCCUGGUGCAAUUCAGCAGACCCCUUCCCUUCCAUUCAAAAGCUGCCAGGGGCAGAGGAAGGGGGAGUGCCCUAGGGGCGGAAUUGCCCGGGUGUCACCACUGAGGGGGGUGACAAAAUGCUGGGUGGCACUUACCGUGAGGCCUGCAGCGCACCCGAGCCACGCAUCUCUCCUGGGAGAGACAUGGUGGCUUAGGCUUAGGCCCAGUAUACCUGAAGGAGCGUCUCCACCCCCAUUGUUCUGCCCGAACACUGAGGUCCAGUGCCGAGGGCCUUCUGGCAGUUCCCUCACUGCGAGAAGCAAAGCUACAGGGAACCAGGCAGAGGGCCUUCUCGGUAGUGGCACCCAUCCUGUGGAACGCCCUCCCAUCAAAUGUCAAAGAGAUAAACAACUACCUGACAUUCAGAAGACAUCUGAAGGCAGCCCUGUUCAGUGAAGUUUUUAAUGUGUGACAUUUUGAUGUAUUUUUAAUCUUUGUUGGAAGCCGCCCAGAGUGGCUGGGGAAACCCAACCAGAUGGGUGGGCUGCAAAUAAUAAAUUAUUAUUAUUAUUAUUAUUAUUAUUAUUAUUGGCGUGCGCAAGCUCCACGCUGUCCAAAUGGUCCACCCACUGCCUCCCCCUCAACUGUAGGGCGGCUGUGUAGGAGGAGGCAGGCAGACUCCUCAAAGACCCCGCGGAACAUCCUGCCCCAGCUGGCCCUGCCCCACGGGUGGCUGGCCCCACCCCUAGGCGCAGAACAUGCACGCCACCCCAGUCACCCGAACGGCUUGCACCGCCGCUGAAAACUGCAAAACUCCCAAGGGCCUGUGGAGCUUUUUGUCCUGUGCAGCACACCAAAGAGGGGAGGGAGGGCCAGGAAAAUCUUCCCUCUUAUCAUAUGUAAGGGUUUUUAUAGGAAUCAGAACUAUGUUGGGUGCUGAGCAUAAUUGGAUUGGAGCUGGGGAAACUAUUUAUGGUUUUGUUUUAUUUGUUUAUUUAACAAAUCUGCAGGCUGCUGCACAGCAUAAAGCCUUCAAAGCAGUGUACAAAAUAAAAGCUAAGUAAGACACAUGUUUUGAAAGCAAUAGAAUCAUUUCAGAGAACCAUAUAAACAAUAAAACCAUCAUUGCAAAUUCUAACAAAACAAUAAAAACAUUUCUGCAGAUAUAUUUAACUGAUACCCUAUAAAUGACUGGGUUACACCUCAGAAAAAAAAUUCUUACACAAAAAUUUCUUUGCUGGGCACCCAGGCAGCAUGAUACAGACCCCUGAAUUUUGGCUAUUAACCGAUUCCAGAGAACCAGAGCUAGAACACUGCAAGCCCAGUUUUGGAAAUAUUUCCAAGCUAAUUUGGUGUGAACAAGAGGAAGCUCCUCCAUCUCUAGUGCUUGUAUUUCGGCGGGGGAGGGGGAGGUCUGGGAGGGGGCAGAAUGCAGCAAUGUGAAAACUGAGAAAGUUCCCCCUAUUGACAAAUUGCCAUGGUCCAAGUGCUUUGAGUAUCUUCUGUGAGGGUUUGUUUUGUUAUAUUACUGCUUUUUUUUCUAUGCGGUUUUUCAUUCUAAGUCCUUGUUGGAGUUGUCAUGCUGAGGUCUCAUGCGUUCAGAUGCAUUUAUCACUGCUAAAUGCUUCUUUAUAAUUUAUAUAUCCAGCUGUGGUGAAAGCAUGUGCUAUUAGGAGACUGGAGGAAGAGGAGGCCUUUUUUGCUGGAACAAAUUACUAGGGAAGAAGGUGGGGGGAGGGUGAGAGAAUAUUGUUGUAAAAAAAAAAAAGGAAAGAGGUGUAAUCAACUGGCGUUUUUCUGCUAUUAUCAAUAAUGUGUUUAAUAGGUCUUCUGACGCGAGCUUCUUUUUCAUCUUGAUCCUGAAGUACAAGACUUUGCUGUGAUACAACAUCAGUCUUACUCCUACUUAUUCUCCUUACUUUAUUUUGCUCUUUUUUGAGUUCUCGGGGGCCCAACUAGGUGUGACACGGGGAAAAUAUGUGAUCAGAUCACUUGAUCUGUUUGUCAUUGAAUCAUUCCAGGACAUUGUGCUAUGGGAGUAUUUGUCUUUCUUUCCCCCCUCCCAUUUUAAUAAACAUUUGGGGGACAAUAUAAGUCAGGAAAAUGGAUAAGAGGGAAAGGGCUAAGCCUUUGUCUACACGAUUAUGUCCCCUCUCAGUGUCUGCCUUUUAUCAAUGAAAUAACACAGGGGAUUUGCAAUCAUAUUUUUAAAUGUCUACUUUGCCCCAAAGUGUUACAGGUUUGGAAAAAAGUUGAGUACAUCUGUCAUAGAGUAGUGUAGGCUUAUGUCUAUACAAACACACAUGUGUUACUUGUUUCUUUUUGUGUGUGUCCCUAGCCUUGGGAAAGAGCUGCAUGGCAUAGUAUAAUGGCAAAAAAAUCAUUGGAGAGAAACAAUAGUAGUAAGACUGAAUUGGGCGCAGGGAGGUUCAUUGAUGACUGAAAAUGCAAACAGGGUCUUUUUGUGCAGAAAGCAGCAGCAGUGCAAUUAAGGUUAUUUGGUUUGCUGUAGCAGGGAUGAAAGAUAAAAACCUAAAUAAGUACUUAAACAUACUGAGAUGUUGGCUCUUUGCCUCUGGCUUCUUAUAACACAUGAAAAUGGGGGCAUUGCAAUGUUAUUUUGAUACCCCCCCCUGCUCUCAUUGGUUUGUUCUGACAGAUAAUAUUGAUGAGAUAGGAUAGUUUUAACACUAGAAGAGUCCGAGACUAGGUCAUAUGAUGGUCCAUCUGUGGCACAUUCUCUUAACUGACUGCCCUCGGGCAACUGGACAUGGGAGGGUGUGUGUGUAUGUAAUAUAUGGGAGUUUGAUCACAUAUUUUAAUUCAGUUACAAAUCCUACAAAGGCUGAUACCUCACACCACCCACCAAAGGUCUGAUGUAUUCAGAGCCUAAUUUUCAAAAGUCAUUGAGCCUACAUCUAGUUUCUGUACCACAGGAGAAAUGCUGCUCUCACAGUGACUAACCUGUGAACAACAACAACAAUUUUAUUACUAUUUAUACCCCGCCCAUCUGGCUGGGUUGCCCCAGCCACUCAGGGCAGCUUCCAACACAUGUAGAAAUGUAAUAAAACUUCAAACAUUAAUAACAACAAUCAGAUCUAAUAUAAAAAGUCACAAUAACUAUAAAACAAACUACAAGAAGGAACUGAGCACAACAGCUGUCUCCUCACUUCUCAUUGCCAAAAAGUGGUGCUCCAGACAUGCUGUUUAAUGUACAAGGGUUUAGGCAUGCAGAGGGAAAAGGACAACAAAGGGUUAAUUUCAGGGUGCUGUUUAAUUUGGGCAUGUUUUUGGCCUGCACCUGCAGCUAGUUAAGCAUGUGAGAAUGACUCAUCACAAUAUACAGUAUAAAUGCUGUUGUGUUUGAAGUAAGUUUCCUCUUGGCCCAAUGCCCUUGACCAGAGCAUAGCCUGUGUAUGCUGUAAGGAGCAAACUGUAUGUAACUGAAACUGCACUGUACUGUCAGUAAUGCAACUGAGGCUGGAUCUAGACAGGGGUCAGCAAACUUUUUCCGCAGGGGGCCGGACCACUGGCCCUCAGACCUUGUAGGGGGCCGGACUAUAUUUUGGAGGGAACCCCCCAUGACUCUCCCCUCCCUUCUCCACAGCACCAGACAAGCCCCAGUGGCUGUGUACCUGUGCCUUGUGAGCAACAGGGGCUGGCGGUGGCGGGACGAUAAGCGGCGCAAAAGGGCUGGCUCCGGAGAGGGGCUACUUAAAAUGGUGCUCAGCCAACCACAGUUCAACAAAGCCCAGCCCCCUUCCUUCUCUAGGCAGGGUGGGGAGAAGCCAGGAGGGAGGGAGGGAGGAGUGCUGCCGCGGUGUGUGUGUGAGGGAGGGGGCGAAAACGGUGCAGUCCGAACGAUCAGAAUCCCCAUGGCGAUUCCUGGACUGUCCGCGGGCCAGAUCCAGAAGGCAAGUGGGCCAGAUCUGGCCCCUGGGCCUUAGUUUGCCUACCCAUGAUCUAGACACAUCAAAGAAGUGUUUCAGUUAAAAGCGUUGUAAAUUUAAACAGGGAAAACGCGUAGAGAAAAACAGGGCUCCACAUCACCAUCUAGUGGCACAAUGUUAUAUCACACAUACAACGCAUAUAAAUGUCUUUUUCUUUACCAAUCUAGCUGAGUCCUGACCCAUCCUAGAACUGUUUGGUCCUUCUCUGUUCUCAUGGCACACCCCGUGCUGAUGUUAGGAUAGGCACUCUGCACACUGCCUCUGACAGUAGAGGAAGAACAUACAGUAACCGCAUAUGCUCUGUGAAUUUGCCCAAUACACUUUUAAAGCCACCACAGUUGGUGGGAGCAUAUUGCGUAAAGAAGUAGUCUUUAUGUGUGUGUGUCUGUCCUGAAUAUUCUGAUAUUCAAAUUCAGUGGAUGGCCCUAGGUUAGUAUUAUAAAUGAGGGAGAAAAACUGCUCUUUCUCCACCCCAUCAUAAUCUUAUAUACGCCUCUGCUGUGUUCCCCCUUACUCAUUUUUGUCUACACUAAAAAGCCCCAAAUGUUGCAACCUUCAGCUCUUGAUCAUUUCCGGUUGCUGAACCUUUUUAAGCUCUACAAUAUUCUUUUUGAGUUGAGGUAACCAGAACUAUACACAAUAUUUCAAGUGUGGUUGCACUAUAGUUUAGGAUAACAACAUUAGGUUAUUGGCAGUUUUUACCUUCUACCCUUUUCCUGAUUAUACCUGACAUGGAAUUCACAUUUUCUGCAGCUGCUGCACGCUGUGUUGAUAUUUUUUUGCCAAGUUAUCCACUAUGACCCCAAAGUCUUGUUCCUAGUCAGUCACCACCGGUUCAGAUCCCUUUAGUGUUUAUAUGAAAUUAAGGUAUCACUCCCCGCCACCAACAUUACUGCCCAUUCACCCAAUUUGGAGAUAGCAUUUUGGAGCUCCUCAGGAUCCCUUUUUGUUUUUACCACCCUGAACAAUUUGGUAUGAUCGUGGUGCUCUGUGGUUACCUCUUCGCAUUGGGACCCAUGCCAGAACAAGUAAAAAAGCAUGGUUCCCAAUACUAGGCAAGUUAUGUGCUACUGGAAUGUCUCGUGGCAAAAAUUGUGUAAGGUAAUAUGAAAAAAAAUAUCUGACAAGCCCAGUAAUAGCUUAACUGGGUAAAGGUUUUAGUAAAAACUUGCUUUAGCUAGAGCAAAAUUAGUAUUAAAUGACACUUAAGAGUGUUUGAAAUAAAUGUCCUUCACCUAUCAUCACGCUACUGUGGAAUAUUUAAAGUGAGUCUUGAGAAACUAUAAUUUAUUCGUUAUUGCAAGUUUCUCCAGCAAGGGUAAUUUCAUAAUGCACCAAGCUCAGUAUUAUAGAAUUAAUGGAAGUAAUAAUAUUGAGUACUUUCUGGAGAGCUUUUUUAAUAUUCAAAGCAAUUGACAAAUGUAUUGUGUAACGGCUGAGUAAGUAAAAGCAAAGAAUUGUUUUAACUCUGAAGCAAAGUGUGUUUCAGCACCCAUUAUGGAAACAUAAAUGCUUUUGAAUCUCUUUAGCAGAUUAAGAAGAUAUAUUGCUGGGUGUGAGAAUGUUCCAAACAUGCAUCAUGAUCUUCUAUCUUUUCAUUCCUAAUGACCGAAUGCUUUAUCCUAGAAUAGCCAGAGGCAAUUGCUUAAAUAGCUGGCAAAUUGGGUGCAUGCAAAUAAUGUGAUGCAUUUGAAUAAUUUCUUUUUGCAGAUGACCAAAAAGGAUUUAAAUGCAGAGGGACAGCUAGUUUUGUGUGUCAGAACUAUGUAGCAACUUCAGCUCCUAUGGAGUGAACAGUGCUUUAGUAGCUGAUACACUAAUACACAGCUAAGGCAGCACAAUGAACCCUGCUCUGCUUCACUUUUAGCUUCCCGCUCUCUCAAAUCUUGUAGUAUUAUCCAAUUGCAACUGGAUGGAACUGGUCUCAUGUUGACACAAUGCUAAAUUAUGAUUUGGUGUUACUUGAAAGAGCCUCGGGCUCACACAUCCUGUUCCCUCUCCUUCUCAAGCACAGCUGCUAGGAGAAUACUGGAAGCUUUACUUCCGUUUUUAAUUAAGUGCAGUUUAGUGUCUUCUCCAAAUCCAGACAAACAUUGGUUAGUUGAAACAAGCCAACUUCAUACCAUGAUCAGCCACAGGUUAGGUUUCAAAUACAGUGCUAAACGGUGGUUAAUAAUAAUAAAAAAAUAGAUGCAGAAGUUUCUUAUAUCCUUAUGAGUCCACUAGAGGAGGAGAUGGGAGGAGGACUAGGCUUGUUCUCACAAUGCUAAACUGUGUUUUAGCAUUUUGUCCUACCCGUUCCAUGGUCAUUAUUCUUAAAAAUCACAUGAUGCCACUAAUCCAUUAAAUCUGCCCAUCUACUACCAAGCCAGGUUCAAGGUCCUUGUAUUUACAAUGCCCUGAACAACUUAGGUCCGAGGUACCUUAGGGACUGCCUAUACCUUUAUAUCCUGGCUUGAUCACUGAGGUCACCUGCAGGAGCUUUACUAGUCAUCCCUCAAGCUGGUGAGGCUCAUCUGACAGCAACAAGAAGCUGAGCUUUUAGUGUCAUUGGCCCAGUCCUGUGGAAUGCUCAGCUAAUGUUUUAGAGAUUCAGCAGGCAAUUAAGAAAGCGUCUUUCCAAAAUAGCUCAUAGAAUCAUAGAAUUUUAGCAUUGGAAGGGUUGUGUAGUCCAGCCCCUGCAAUGCAGGUAUCCUGUCUACAGCCAUCCCUGGGUGGGCUCGAACCACCAACCUUCUAGUUGACAGCAAGAUGCACUAACCCAUUGCACCACAGUGAGUUGGUUGAUGUUUUAGGAUUUAAAGUUUUCACAUGAUUUUUAUUGUCUAUAAAUAUUCUUGUUUUAAACUGCUUUGAGGUUUUUUUAACCAACUAGUUGUAUAUAAAUAUUUUUAUUAAGAACAAUGGGGAUAAUGCGGUUGAGAAUACUGGAAUGAUCUUGGUGAGCAAAACAUGAGAAAAAUGGCAUUAUCCCUCACUGCAAACUAAAUAUAUGUCCUGUUUGUAUUACUGUGGAGAAAUCAAAAGGUGAAUGCUGGACUUUGGUUUAAAAUUAUUGCAGUGAACAGCACUUUAAAAAUACGAUUCAAUCCAAAAUCUGUUUGCAGGUAAAUAACAUCACAGUUAAACAAAGGCUUUUUGCAUUGGUUUUCUCUUAGAUUAGUUGCCAAGUUCUAUGAAAAUUGUAAACAUGAUGAAUUUUGGGUCACUUACCUUUAACCCCAUCCAAUCUUUGAAUGUUUAAAUGAUGUGCACUUAGGCACAAAAGCUUACACCUCAUAAGGCACUUAACAGCCAUAUGACUUUAUUGACCAGUUUCUCAUCUUAGGAACUGAAUGUGCUUAUACUAUACAUUUUUCAAUAUGUUACUUUGUUCUUAAAUGCCCCUGUAACCAUGUCUUGAAGUCACUAUGUUGUAGAAACUCAGUACGUGGGGUUCAGGGGGCAGAGAAAGUCCAGUAUGAUUAUACUUUGCACAGUUGGACACUUCUGCACAACAUCCUCAUCCACUGCCUUCUGAGCAGCAAUUGCUGCUGCUUUAAUAGAUAAUCUGAGAAGCAUUAGGCUCUGCAAAUCGUAUCUUAUCAAACAUUCCUGGAUAUUCAACAAUUAAACUCUUGGCUAUUUCAUACACUUUGGGAAUAGAAAGAAAAGCUCCUGGUUUUACAUUAUUGAUAAUUAUAAUUUCUCAUUGAGAUCACACAUUUCAUAAGGUAACUCUCUGUACAAUGAAAGCAAAAAAGGUUUUUUUAAAUAAAAAAAACCCAGUUUUAAAACAUGCACUGAGGGAGACCAUGCUUUGUAUAGUGAGAUCUUGUAGGAUCACCAAUGGAAGGCCAAUUGGCAACAGGACAUUUCUCUGUGAUCCUGGUUAGCCAAGCCUUCCUUUUGACUUUCUUUUCUUUUCUUUAUAGAUUCAGGUAGCUAAGAAUUUCUUUUAUUCAUCCACUCAGUUAUCCUUUGAAAUGAGUUGCUGCUGUUUCCAUUUUGCAGCUGGAAACAGAGGUAGAAAGUUCUUGACCAAGCAAAAACUGAAAAUUUAAAACACUGGAUGGUAUUCAGCUAAGUUCAACUCAGUGUAGACAGAAUGAAAUUAAUGGAACCAACUUAGUCACGUUCAUUAUUUUCAAUGGAUCUACACUGAGUACCACCCACUUGCUUCAUUCAAAACCAAGCAAAACAGUAAUUUCCUGGGUGCAAUUAGUUUUGUAGGUUUUUUAAAAAAAUAAUUAAAGAAACAAGUAUUAUUUACCAGGAAAAUCAGGAAAACCUAAAUAAUUGAUAUACUGGUGAAAAUUAUUGAAGCUUAUCACUUAGCCCUGUAACUUAGAUGUAUGUUUUACUUGCUUUGAAGUACCCAAAGCGAAACAAAAAAAGGAAAGUCAGAUUCCAUAUGUGGAUAUAGCCAAAGCAGCAGCAUACAGGUUAACUUUUACAGCACAGUCCUUUGCAUGUCUACCAAGAAGUACCACUCAAAGUAGGUGGCUGUUAGUGACUUAAUGGAAGAAGGAAGUUAGCAUUGCUCAUCUGCAUCCAUAUCUGCUAUGUGUAUGUAAGCUUGAUUUCUCUCUUGGUUUGGAACAUAUAUGUUUAAAGCAGUUAGCAGAUGGCUAUUCAACGUGUUUCAGUUUUGUACAAUAUGUAACAAUAUGUCAUAUCAGGGAACUUAAGACUUAAGACUUGACUUAAGAUUUUCCUCAAUUUUUAUGGAUAAAAAGAUUGAAAGUUUAAAUUGCAACCCAGGCACUUUUUCCUCCAAGGGAAAAAAUGCACACCAUUGCAGAAAAAAAUUGAAAUCUUUAAACGGCCAUAAGGUGUCUUUAGGAAAGGGUCGCUGCACGUGAGAGCUUGCAACCAUAGAAAUGUCAGAGAGAUGCUGAGGCAGCAGGAGAAUGGCAGUGUAAAAUGUUUAGGUCAGUGAGGAACGAUAAGCAUAGUGAUCAAUAAUCGAGUGAUUUGUGAAAAGCUGUUGAUGACAGUGGAUUUAGCCUGGUACCAAAAGGGUACUAUAUAGGGAAGCCAUUUUGGGGAAAUAUCUAUGACAUACACCAAAGGGUACAAUCCUUAGCUUUGUUUUGCAUAACGUUCAUAAUAUUCUAUUAGGUCCCCCCCCCCCCAUGUAGAUGAAUUCUAUUGCAGAAAAACUCAAGCCCAGAGGAGACUGCAGUCCUAUUUAUACUUAUCUGUACCACUUCUGAAUAGACGUGUACAGUGGUACCUCAGGUUAAGUACUUAAUUCGUUCCGGAGGUCCGUUCUUAACCUGAAACUGUUCUUAACCUGAAGCACCACUUUAGCUAAUGGGGCCUCCUGAUGCCACCGCACCGCUGGAGCAUGAUUUCUGUUCUCAUCCUGAAGCAACGUUCUUAACCUGAAGCACUAUUUGUGGAGUCUGUUACCUGAAGUGUAUGUAACCUGAAGCGUAUGUAACCUGAGGUACCACUGUAUAGGAUUGCACUCUAAGAACCUUGAGGCUAACAAAUUCACUUUUGCUUAAGUUUUCAUGUGGCUGAACUCUGAUUUAAGGUACCAGGCUUAAAGAGUCAAGCAAAUUAUGGAGUUAGGACCUAGUAACCCUAGUAACUUCAGCGAUAAUCCUCAGGAACCCUGACCCAGUUGAGAUUUUUAUAGUUUGGCUUAGUGACUGAAGUAUGCACAAGUCUUUUUACUAAUCUAUUAAGCCUUUAGCUCCUUCCAUUGUGUGAGCCACAAUACGACUAGGAAGCCUCUAAUUAAGUAUAAUUUCUUGUUUUUUGCCAAACCUGUGUUAUUGGGUGUAAUGAAUAAAUAAAUGCUUACCAGCUUCAGAACCAGCCAGGAUAUUAAACAAUAGUUUAGGGUUACCAGAUGUCCCCAUUUCCCGGGGACAGCCCUUGGAUUUGCGAACAAAUUCUGGACAAAUUCUAUCCCUGGAAUGUCCCUGGAUUUCAUCUAAGAAAUGCAGCAACGGCAGUCUUAGCAGCUUGGAGCAGUAGGCUCUGGCUGGCUUCAGAAGCUGCUCGGAAGUCCGCAUAUGAUGGUGGUGCAGGGGCUCAAAGAUGCAGCUUCCGGGCUGCCUCCACCCACCCAGACCCCAGCAUCUAAGCUGUGAAGGGAGGCUUCAUGCUGCCUAUCGGAGCAGCCUCCCAACUCCUACUUGCGUGCAAGCAGGAGCAGGAGCAGGGCGGGGAUCUCUCAGCUAUGAAAGGAGGCCUCACGCUGCUUAUCAGAGCUUGUGUGCAAGCAGGAGGGGGCAGGGAUCUCUCAGUUAGGCAACGGGGAGCCUCCCUUCCCAGCUUCCCAGCAUGCAAGUAGGAAUGGGAUUGGGGCUGCUCCGAUGGGAAGGGAGGCAUCAUGCUGCCCGAGCCUCGCCACCACCGCUCUCGGCCCUCCUCCGCCUUCCAUGCCUUACCCACAGUGCAUCGCUUCCCCACCACCACCACCGAAGAACCAACAACUCAGGGGCUGCCCAGGCUCAUGGAGAAAGGAGAUAGAAGCCUCAGAGGAAGGGGAAACAUGGUGGUUGAGGUCAAGGCGGCAGUGGCCCCUCUGCCCUGCCAUCACUGCAGACCAACUUCCCGAAUGUGUAGUAUGUAUGUAUGUAUGUAUGUAUGUAUGUAUGUAUGUAUUUAUUUAUUUAAAGUGUCCCCGGAUUCAUUGAAGAAAAUCUGGUAACCUUACAAUAGUUUGCAGUUGGUUUCAGAUCUUGACUUGUUCCAAAGCUGAUAGCCCUAUUUUACUAGCGAAGGUGAAAUGUGAAACUAUGGUUAAAUAGAGGCACCCUGUUUCAACUGCACUCUGCAGCAAAGGGAGGUGUAUAAAGGGCAGAGUGGCGACAUGGCUGAGAUAACAAUCAUUUGAAUGUGUCUGUCCAUUGCCGAGGGCUCGCUGAGCUAGCUCUCACAGCCACAUGACUCUCGUCUGCAGUUCAGUCUUUAAUAGGAUAUUUGCUUGGAGGGCAGUAUUUCAGCUAACAGAAAUCUUCACAAAGGACUUUUAGCGAGUUUAUCUGUGUCUUAUUCUCAAUUGGCUUGGAUAAUGAAGUUUAAUUCAAUCAAACCUCAGGAGAAGUUUCUGAAUUCUCUCAUGCACGAUGCAAGUAUUUGCUUUUCCACAGAGUCUGAGGUUAGUGAGGCAUAUUGGAAGAGUUUACUGACUGUGCUUAGAUGAGCCACAGGGCCUUGGAAGGAGUUUGCACACUCAGCAGGGCUAGCAUUAGCACUCCACAGAGCCUAAGCAAGAGAGUAAAGCUUCAUUACAACAGUAGCUUCCAGGCUUUUGUUCCAGUUACCUUCAACAUUUUCCAGUGGGAGGAGAGAAGCAAGUCUACAUUUGAUGUUUUCAGAACAGUACAGAAGAGCCUUGUUUCUCCUGCUUCUGUUUCUAGGAGCAUGAAAAGAAAAUGAUCCCCCUACUUGCUUUUUCUCUUAAAAUCAUUUUUAAGGUAUUGAUGUCCAUUAGAAAGAAUGUAAGAACUUCACUUAAAAACCUCACAAGGGGGGGAAUGGACACCAGGGAAAGGGGUUCCCAGCAUAGCCAAAGUGGAAUGUUACACUUUACGGAGGAGUAAACCAUACUAAAGUAUUCUUUUUGGCGCCUGGUAAAAACAUUCUAGUUUAGACAAGCUUACCCAAAUGCUUAGAAAGUUGAGGUAAUUUUAAUCAAUUUCAGCAUUUUAACUUUAAAACAUACAAAAGUUAAAAUUUAAAACACAAGUAUGGAUGGAGCCCUUCUGCUGAUGGAAGCCUAGUUAUGAUCCAAGCCCAUGGGCAGAACUGAGUUAAUGAGCUCCAUCAGCAGAAGCACAAAGCACAAAGAAAUCUGCUUGAGUAAUGGGGCUUCCCCCACAUCCACUGUGCCCUCUGAAAUUGGCUUGUUGGGGUUUGAGGAAAUCCCCAGAACUGUGAGUGCACAGGGAAGAAGGGGGAUUGAUCCAUCUGGUGAACUGAAAUGCUUGCACAGAUGGAACGUUCAUAAAUAGUGCAAUGUUCAGUUCCACCCAAAGUCUGUAAAGCAAUCUUCUUUGUAGUUAUUUCUAUUCAACAAGUACUGCUUUAUAGUUUCAGCUGAACCCCUUGGGUCCUUUUAAGGUAGUAAAUUUAUAGUGCAAUCCUAUGCACGUCUACUCAGUAAGUUCCAUUGUUUUUAAUAAGGCGUAUUCCCAGGUAAGUGCAUAGCAGCCUUAAUAUUCUAAAAGAAUAUAACACAGACAACUUUACAUUUUCUCUUCAUACUGAGACCAACUCCAGUUGUUUUCGUUAGGAUCCUGAGGCUAAGGGAAAUAAGAUGGUCACAUGCACAGAUAUAGGUGUUGCAGAAAUUAUAGUAACUGCAGCAUAACUUCUUAGAAUUUGAAUAGUGAUGCUUAUAAAUCUGCUUAUAAGCCACUGAAAGUGCUCUGUUUCCUUUACAAAGGAUUAUGAAAGAGAUAUGUAUUGCUAAUUAAAUAACAUAUGUGAUGGAUUAGUGCUCAUCUCUUUUUAUAGAACUUAAUUAAAUAAAUGAGUGCAGCAUAUUUUAACACAAUUAGGCUUCCGUUAAGGUGCUUUCCAGCAUAAAUAUAUUGCUGAAACAUAGAUUAAACUUGUUGGACUUAGCUAUAGGUUUGGAAUGCCUGCUGAUUGCAGAGAUGCAGCAUAGAAUUUGCUCCAAGUUCGAAAGCCCACCCUGGACAAUUUUAAUGAUCUGCCAUAAGGCACCGAAGACAAAAUACUUUCUUUUUGUUACGUGUAGCUGUAGGCAUUGUACCAGUCAUAGCACAGGGAUUGUUUAUUUAUUGAACAGAUCUGAAAGAAAAAGCAAAUUGAAAUUAUUUUGCUAAUAGAUUCUUUACUGAAGAGUUACCUUUGUUUUCCAUGUUUUAAUGUAUAUAAAGAAAAAAAAUCUUUAAAAAAAUUGAUCACUUAUCCUCUGGUUCUGAGAAUGAACUCUUAUGCUAAUAGCUAAGUGAGGAAAAGUGUUGGAGACUGCAGAGUCAUAAACUUUAGGGCUCUGAGCCUGCUGCUAGAGACUGAGAGACUACUGAAGAAGAGUUUGGAUUUUAUAUCCCACUUUAUCACUACCCUAAGGAGUCUCAAAGCAGCUAACAAUCUCCUUUCCCUUCCUCCCCCACAACAAACACUCUGUGAGGUGAGUGGGGCUGAGAGACUUCAGAGAAGUGUGACUAGACGAAGGUCACCCAGCAGCUGCAUGUGGAGGAGUGGGGAAUCAAACCUGGUUCCCCAGAUUACGAGUAUACCGCUCUUAACCACUACACCACACUGGCUCUCUGAGCCUGACUGACAUGAGGAGCCCACAGAACAACGUUCCAAAAUACCUGGGCCUCUGGAGCCAGAGCCAGGAUCUUCAUAGAUGUCUUCCCUUCAGCCCAACAAACCAAAUGUCUCUCACAGUCCUCUAAAGGUCCAGUAGCACAGGGAGCAUGUACAGCAGAAGGUCAUGAAACAUAGCAGUAACUGUCUGCAGGCCAGAGGUUCUCCACAAGGGGACAGCACCUGGGAGGGGUAGUCUGGGGGCAGAAACUUAAAUGGAAUAAGGCAGUGUACAUGUUCCUAUUUGCUCUGAAUCCACUGUGUUCCCACCACUGAUUUGGGAAGUGGCGGACAACACAACAUUUAUCACAAUCCAUACCUAUCCUGUAUCUAUCUUCUCAUUUAUUUUAAGAAAAUAAUACAUUUUGAUGCAUUCCUCUCUGCCCCACCUCCAACCAGCUUCACUCUGAAUUGCGGGGAAAAUAAUUACAGUGGAACCUUGGGUUACGUACCAUCCCCCUUAUGAACGCUUCAGUUAACGAGUUCCGUAAACCCAGAAGUAGAUGCUCCUGGUUUUGAACUUUGCCCCAGGAUGCGAGCAGAAGUCAUGUACUGGCGGCAGCAGGAGGCCCCAUUAGCGAAAGCGCGCCUCAUGUUACAAAUAGUUUUGGGUUAAGAACGGGCCUCCGCAACGAAUUAAGUUCAUAACCGGAAGUACCACUGUACCUAGUUGUGUUUUAAGCAGGUAAUGUGUACACAGCCUUGGUUUGCUUUUGACUUUGGCUAGAACAAGUUGCUCACUUGGAGCUCUCCGUGGUGCUUAAACUCCUGACCUGCCACCUUUGCCCCAUGGGCUCUUUCACCAGACCAGUGGAGAAACAUUCAUUUAUUAAUAUUACAAUUACUUCUGAAAAAAACUUGCUAUUCUGUUAUGUCCAUUGAUUUCCAACACACACACCUCUCCGGAUCUGUUCUGUCUUGACACAUGCCUCUUUUCCCCAGUAUGGGUAUUAAGAAAAUGAAGUUUUACCCAUAACUUUAUGUCCAUGCCAAUUGUCACCUGAAUAUUUUCUGCACAUCCUAAUGUUGUUAAAGGAAUCCAAACAGGGGCUGUGAAUUCAAGAGUUACUCUACCAUCCACUUCAUCCAUUCUUCUUCCUCACUACUCCACCAAACUCUCUGCUUAUCCCCUUAUCUCAUAAAGCUUUUUUUCCCCUUUUGUUUUUACUGAUCCCUGAACCUUUAACAGUCAAAAUCUGGACCUGCAGUUGCAUACAUUUACAUGAAUUUUCACAAAUGAGCAGCACAAACAAUCAGUAUGCAUAGACUCAAAUGUUGCUGGUAAAAUGUGAAUUCAUGUCAAGAAUUUGUAUAUAAUCUGAUCAAUAUGCAGUUUUCAGGUGGAAACUCUGUAUUUUGGCAGAACUAUGUACAAGAUGUUAAUGCUGCCUAUUUGUGUACAUUCUCCACUCCUUCAUGUGAAUGCACAGUCAUCAGUAUUUAUGCACAUUUUCUAUUUGGCUCAUGUUAACCACAAAAUGUACAUAAUUUCUCCUGUAUAUUAGGUUUUAAAAUGACUCAAAAGAUUAGAAAAUAUUUGUGCGGUUGUAUAGAAAAACAUAGUUAUUAUCCUGUGUGUGUAUAUCUAUCUAUCUAUCUAUCUAUCUAUCUCUCUAUCUAUCUAUCUAUCUAUCUAUAUACACACACACACACACAAAGUAUUUGUAAUUUUAAAUUCAUACUGCUCUCUAGUGGGGAAUGCUUUCAAUGCAGAAGAUGCAUGGAUGUUGAAAAACAGAAACGGGCAUGCUGAUGUUAUUUCAUUAUUUGCAUUUAAGAUUUAUGCUUGUCCUCUUCCUAAUAGUAUUUUUGUAAGUCUUAGGGCCCCAUCUGAACUGUACACCUGAAGCACUAUGGUACUAGUUUGAACAGUCUUGGUUUCCCCCAAAUAAUUUUGGGAACUGUAGUUUGUUAAGGAUGCUGAUAGUUAUUAGGAGGACCCUAUUCCCCUCUCAGAGCUAUAGUUCUCAGAGUUUGUUCACAGUUGAUACCUCUUCCUGGGAAAUUCUAGUGCUGAUGUGGCUUAACCUUUUAAUAAAUAAAUAAAUAUUCUUUUGACAGAUGAUCGCUCUUUUGUUCCUUCUUCCAGAGAUAGUAGAUACAGAAUCCUUGCUGCCUUCCUCAGGGAAUAUUUGCUCUUUCGGCACUAGUUUAAUCAGGGAAAAACACUCUGAGAAGUUCUUUAUAUACUUUCAUUCCUUUUGGAUUUUUAUCCAGGCAUUCUCGACUUUCUGAUCUCUACCUACCUCAUAGUUUCUCCACUGUCAGUUUUAGAUUAUAAACUCCUUGUGAUCAGGAACUUUGUAAAUUGAUCAUAGAGCUCCAGAUGGCAACAUGCACACUGGCAUGUUAUAAAUAAUAAUAAAAAAUAAUUUUGCAUUCUGCUCUUAAUUCAACUUUUCAAUAAUUUUUACAGCCACCUUUUAUAGUAAUAUAGAGGCAUAGAAAAUUACCUUAUAGUGAGUCAGGCCAUUGGUCUAUCUAGUUCAGUAUUGUCUACACCAGGGGUUGUCAACCUGGUCCCUACUGCCCACUAGUGGGCGUUUCAGGAUUCUAGGUGGAUGGUAGGGGGUUCUAUGGUACAAGCUGAAUUCUCCUUCCAUUGAGCACUGGUAGGCGCUAAGGAAAUUUUACCAUCAAGAAAGAUGCAUUCGUGGGCGGUAGGUAUAAAAAGGUUGACUACCCCUGGUCUACACUGACUGGAAGCAGUUCUCCAGGGUUUCGUAUAGGAGCUUUCCCCAAGCCACUCUAUAGAUGCUGGGUACUGAAAUGGGGACACAAAGCGUACAACUAAGCUAUAGCAUUUCCCCCAUUUUGCAGAUGGAAAGAGAUAUAUUUUUCUGACAUCAUCUAAAAAAUUCAUGACUGAUCUCAGAAAUACAACAUGAUCCUGUUAUGCUGAAUCAGUAAAACCCAUUGAAUUCAGUGGGACUUACUUCUUGGUAAAUGUGCAUAUCAAGGCAAAUCUAGUAGUAUAAAUAUUAACAACUGGGAAACACUGGCCUGUGAGCACUCUAGUUGGAGAAUAGCCUCUACCAAAGGCGUGAUGGAUUUGAAGAAGCACGAACUCAGGACGAAAGGCAGAAACAAGCUAAGAGGAAGGCACGUUUGGCAAAUCCUCACCAUGUUCAACCCCCACCCAGAAACCUAUGUCUCCACUGUGGAAGGACAUGUGGAUCUAAAAUUGGCUUCCACAGUCACUUACAGACACACUGUUAAGACCUUAUUGAUGAAAGACAAUCUUACUCGGCUAUGAGUGAUUGACAAAGAAGAAAGCAGAAGCAUAAGUUUGCAGUUAAAGACCUUUAGAAUAUCUGGUUUAAGGGGUAGACCAUUUUAUUCCUUAACAUUUUGCUUUUAGCUGGCCUAUGAUCUCUGUUCACCAAAAUAUCUGAAAUCCUGGACACUAAUGAUACAUGUUUUCAUAAGCACAAAUAUAAUUUGUGGUUUUUACCAGUUAUGGUAAGUUGGCUAACUUAAUUUUGGUGUCCUUCGUAAAUGUUUUGUCUGAAGUAAGUGCCUCUUGUAUGUUUAAGCAAUGACUCAGAAAAAGCUCUGUCAUAUUUGUCUUUUCCAGUGUUUACUUCCUUUUCCUUUCCCACAAAGAAGCACAUCAAAAAUGGUGUUUGAAAAUUCUAUCUGUUAGAUAGAAUUCUAUCUGUUUCAGUAAUUCUCGGUAUUAACACAGGCUCCAUCUGUACUUCUCACAGUGUUUUAUGUGUCCGAAAAGGGUUAAUAGCUCCAUUUUACACAGUAUGUAACUCUGGUUACACUGAUGUGAAAUAUUGUAACUUGUCCAAAUUGUACAGCAAUUUUCCAGCAGCGCUGCAGCUGGAGUCUGUCUUUGUUGCCUGCAACUUAACUUACCAGUUACUAAACUCUAACACUUUCAUUUCUUGGGCCUUUAUCCUGAAAAUGUGCACAAAUCACAUUGUCUUCAGUAUCGUAGCACAUGCCUAUGCUUUCAGGAGUAUGGCCUUAUUUCAUAAAGAACUGCUAAUUAUUACUAGGGAUUAGUACAUUUUAAAUUUCCCUGUUGGAUUCUGAGUCUUUAAGAUGCAAUCACUUAAUAUUUUGAAGCAUUUCCCUGCAGCUAAUGAGAUUUAUGAUUACCAAAUGACAGCGUUGGGGAAAAACUCCAAAUAUCACAAGAUCUACUGUGUUAGAAUUGUAAAGUUUAGUGCACUACUGUGUGAAGUGUUUAAAAUGCCAUCCAUUCUGUGCUAUGCACAUGUAAAGAGGAGGUUUGGGAGCCUUAAAAAUGUAUUAGAUUUCUUGAAUAAAGCAGAGUCUUGGGCUGCAAUCCUUAAACCUGAAGUAAGUCCUAUUGAACUUGGUGGUGCUUACUUCUGAGCAGACAUAUAUAGGAUCACACUGUGAGUAGUUCAAAGAAGUAAUUAAUUAGACUAUCUUCAAAUGUGAGUUAGAUUAAUAACCUUCAAUGUCUGUAAUUUUUGAAUUCAUUAUUAGAAAUCAGAUUUCUCAAUUUGUGAUUUGGAUGAAGACCUUUAAGCUGCUCCACAUAGUGUUUUUUUUCUGUGAUAGCUGUGGUUGAGUCUUUCCAUACACUAGAGUUAGUGGAAGUAACAGAACUGACUGUGUCUUUUCUAACUACAAGCAAUGGGUUCAAUUUUUAAUGAUCUUCUAUUUUAAAUAAACUCACUGUAAAGAGAAUACUAAGCCAUCAAGGGAAAAUGGAAGCAGUCAAAAAUAUGAUUCCCCACCAGAUCUGAAAUUGUAUCUUUAUAUGUGUAGAAGGGACUUCACUGUUUGGCCCCCCUAUGGCAUGUUGAUUUUUCUGACGUUAGGGCCAGGGAGCCACACUAACCAGCCAACCAGGCAUUGCUAAUACCAUGUGAGAAACACAACCUUGCUCCAUUGACAUUAAGUGCAGACCACAAAAUUUCCACAGGAUGAAAGUGCUAGAUGCGCGGUACACACAUCACUCAUAGUUUUCUCUUUUGUUUAUCUUAGAAACUAUGAAGAAACCCUGGAGUCCUAA